CUCUUGCUUGGAAAAAUGACCGCAGUAGCUCCACUUUCGCCUGUAUCCAUGGGUACAGACGUCAACAACGAGAGGGCGGACAUCUUCAUCACGUCUGCGAAAACUCACGUGACCCGAAGUUUAGAAAGAACACGAAGUCUUCGCAGUUGGCAAAAGCCAAAUGAAGAUGAAGAAAGUGAAAUUCAAGAGGCUGCUCAAAUUGUCGAGAUCUUGAAGAGAAGAUUCGCCUUUCUCUCCGGUGGUGUAGACAAGAAAGGACGACCUAUAUUAUCCAUCCCAGUGUGCCCAAAUGUUACCCUUGAAGAUCUAGUGGCUGUACUAAAAUAUCUAGGUUCCUUGCUUAGUGAAGACUCCAGAGAUCUGGGAUUCAUAGUCAUCAUAGAUGGACAUGGUGAAGGUUGGAAGCAACUUAAAACAUCGUUCAUAGCAGUACACAGCUCAUUAGAAGAUUUUGUGAGCGCUGUUUAUGUAAUUAAACCUGACGGUUUGCUGGAGAGACAAAAGCCUGUGGAUCUAAAAAGAGAGAAACUAUUCUUAGACUUUCAGCCCCAGUACAUCACCUUGAAAAAUCUCCACAAACUGAUUUCUCCGAGUCAACUGACCUCAGAUUUUGGCGGAACCUACUCAUAUGAUCAUCAUCAGUGGUUACGUAAAAGAUUGGCUUUAGAAAGGUAUUUGAAGGCGUCUACUGCAGUUCUUAGGCACUUGGAUACUUCCUGUAUUGUCUUGCACUCUCGCACAAAGCAUCUCUCUCAAGAAAACAUGGCCGACGUACUCCAACAUCUUCGAAACUUUUACGACAAUGUAAUGACCGCUCCUAACACUGCUGUGAAGAACGGACAGGAUCUUCUUGAGCAGCUGGAAAUGGACCUGAAUAGUGGGUUCAAAACUUUGUCGGGAAAUGAACCACCAGAGGAAAUUCUGAUAGCUCAAAAUCAGGUUAGAAAUAAAAUCAAAGAAAUUCAAAGCCAAGAAGAAAAAUUCACGCAAUUAUGGAGAGACUGUCAGCACCAUAUCCGACAUGUGGCAGACUUCAUGGAAUUCGAAACAGGAGUUAAAGAGGUGACAGAAUGGAUUCUUAAACCUGGAGACAAAAUGCUGAGUUCUCAAGACGAUAUUGGCGAAUCUCUGUUAAGAUCAGAAGAGUUACUUCAAGAACACAAUGAUUUAGAAAUCAGCUGUACUAAAACAUACGGACAAUAUGCCGAGUUACGUCACAAGGCUGAAAACAUGCUAAAACGUGAACAUCCUCUUACGAAGGAGAUCGAGGCUCAGAGGAAUUACAUGGACAACGUCUGCAGGGCUUUCGCAAGUCGUCUGGAGCGCCGCCGCAAUCUGCUAACAGCAUCAACCAGGUUUCAUCGCUUAUUGGAUGAGGACUUCAAGAAAACAGAAGAAGUGAGGAAAAUGCUUCUAACAGACAAAGAAAUAACAGAUAGUCACGAAGUACAACUUAUGGACAACCAGCUUCAUCACACUUUUAACCGUCUUGUUUCCGAGAAAGCUAAAAUUCCCAAAGAGGGUCAUCAGCUACUUGAUUUGAUGUUAACUUCACUCAAACAUACCUCAGGAAAAGACAUCACUCCGAAGACCGAGUGGAUUAAGUUUCAUGUUCAGCACCAUCUGGAGAAGGUAGAACAGCAAAAGCAGGAAUUGUUGGAUCUUAUCAAACUGAAGCUUCUCAGGUUACAACAAGUGACACAACUUCUCCGGUGUGAAGAAGAUGCUGAACAGUCAAUACAGUGGCUCCAGGACCUUACAGAAUUGAUGGUAAACACUCAUAUACAACUUGGACGCUCAGUUCAGGAGGUGGAGUCAAUCAGACUUGAGCACCAGAAGUUUGAAGAAACUGCAAAGGGUACCUAUGAUUACGGGAGACAGUUGCUUGAGACAGCCCUUCAGAUUCGACAUUCCUGCCAGUACAACUUACAGCCUAACAGCCAAUUAGCGAAUCGACUCUUUACAACCUGGAGAGUGUUUCUCCAAGGUAGUCAAGAGAGGGCGACACGAUUGAGUGUUUGCUGGAGAUUUCAUAAAAAUUUCUUAAAUGUUAUGGAAAAGCUCGUCCAGUUAGAAGAUGGCUUACAGGAAGAGUUUAAAAGCUUUGGUUGGAUACGAAAAAAUUGGAUCGUUCGUAGGUACAAGGAAAGGUGGAUCAAGGUGGUAACCAUGUUGACGAACAGUAUUUGUAUGGCACGUGCCUUGCUCGCUCGCAUGAUUAAGCCAGUAGUAGACAGUGGAGUGAGGGCUGACAAAUACCUGGGGGAUGAAGCAGCUGCAGAAAUUAUAAGGAGAAAAAUGGAGGCGGGAGAGAAAAAAGCCACAAACGUAGAAAAGAAAUUUUUUGACGAAAAUGCAUCAUUAAUUCGGUCAGAACUGGCCAAGUCUGGUUCCUUGUCUCAGGAGGAAGAUUCUUGGGCUCAUACAUCCUCUUGCACGGAAGAGUGGUGGUCCUGUGCAUCAAAUGGCACUUCCGGCGAAGAAUGGAAAUCAGCUGACGAAGGUCAAUCAGAUAGCGCAAGAUUUAGAGCAAAGACAAGAGACCCUUCUAAAGCGGCACUGAAUAUUCAGGCUCCCCUAAAUUCCCAGUCUGGGAAGUUAAUGGAGGAAGAAAAGAAAUGGACACAAACCAAAGAAACGCAAGAAAUGUCACAAAUUCAGUACACGAAAGAAAUGACUGAAGCUUGUACAACAACUAAGUUCAGUUUUCAACAUGUGUACGAAACACGACAACCGCAAAGCUUGACUGCUGCGGCUCAAACCACAGCUCCUAAGUUACCAGAAAGGUCAAAGUUCUGGCCUAGUGUAGAUACAAAGAAAAGUCCAUCUCCGCAACCUGAUGAUACUAAAACAGGGCAAGAAUAUUCUCGACAAAUUGAAGAAACGAAAAAAACCGAUAUCGAUUACACCGACCUACUUCUACAGAAAAUGACAGAGUUUAAACAUUUAUUUGGGAUUCUUUUUUUUUUAUUUAUUUAUUCAAGUUAUGGAUACGUUAAUAUUUUAAGAACUAAGAUGUCAACGUCACCCGAAGCCGUGAGCCUAGCACCGGCCAGCGAGGGCGUGGGCCAGGUGAACACAACUGAAGAGGCCCCUGUGACCACAACAGUCAGCACUAUUGCGGUCCAGUCGGGCAACACACGAAUUGUAAUUGCGUUGUUACAAAGCAAGGAAUGGAUGCAGCUAAAGAUUCAAGAAAUUUACCCAUCUAUGACAGAGGUGGGUUCUACUCUGGAGGAAGCCAUCGAGCUUCAACAGCAACAUGAGCAAGUCCUAGAAAAGUUACAGACAAAACAAAGCCCAGUUGAAGAAUUGCUCAAUCAGGCAGAUGAACUGAUCUCAAACCAGAAGCCUAAAGCUGAGGUUUAUGCAGCAAUGGCUGACAACUUAGGCCUGGCCUGGAAAGACUUAAAUGCUCAACUGGAACAAAGACGUCAAAUCUUAGAACAAGCUGUUAAUUUUCAUUCAAGAGCAAGUGAAUUUGUGGAGAGAAUGGAUGUAACUCAGAAAGAAGCUUUCGAUACAUAUUUACCAUCUGAUGCUGAAACUUGUCGAAUGCUUUUACAGCAACAUCAUGAUGCCAAAAAAGGUAUGUUGGAAGCCUCCAUGCAUACACUGAAUGAAGGCCAGUCUCUUCUAGAAUGCCUAAGAGAAGUAGGCAUUCACAGUAUGGGGGAUUCCAGACCUGAACACAUGAGACAUGCUGCUCAACAAGCGUGUAUUGGAAUAGAACGUUAUAUGGAAUCUUUGCACGACAAAAGACGAAGUCUCGAGGCUCAAUGGCUAAAAAGAAAAACACAACUUGAACAAUGUCUACAGUUGUGUCUGUUGUACAGUGACAUGGAUCAGGUGGAGAACUGGGUCAAAACAAAAGGUAAAGAAUACCUUAAACAGAAUAAUCUCGGGGACUCUGCAGCUGGAGCAGAAAUAUUACUUCAUGAGCAUCAAAAGGCUGUUAUUGAAGCAAAAGAAGCACAAGAUCGUGCUGUUCGGUUAUUAAAAACUGCAGAACAGCUUGCUAAUUCAGGACAUUACGCAAGUGAAGAAAUAAAAGGUAGAGGCUACACCUUGCUUUCUGACACUUCUGACAUUUUAGCAGCCCUAGACCAGAGGAAAGAACAUCUAUCCAUGUCACUGUCCUUCUUUAACAUGGCGCAAACGGCUCUAAAUAAACUGGACCAAAUCGAAGUUCAAUUAACGACUAUCGAUCUUCCGAGGAGCAGUGCUGCACUAGUGCAGCAGCACGCUCAAUUAGCACAUGCUAUUGAGGAUAUUACCAGUCCUGCUCUCCACGAGGGUCACGUCCUACUUCAGAGGGUCGGCAGGAGUGACUCUGGUGCCACUGGAGUAGCCAGAAAGAUUGCUGAACUGGAGGACCGGAGACAUCACCUCAGUAGCCUGUGCACAGCACAUCGAGCUGAAAACCUGGAGAGGAGUGCUGCCUUUACAAACUUUUGUGAAAAGUAUGAUAUUUUGUUUAACUGGAUCCUGAGUGCAGGUCUAGCUUUUCUCCAAGGUCACCAGGAUAUGGGCAGUGUUCUCUCCAUGGCUAAACACUUUUUACAAGAGCAUGAACGACUCCAGAAUGAAGCUCAGAUGAAAGGAAUUGAAGUUCAAGCUCUGUUAAGUACAAUACCCCCACUCUUGAGUGUUGGGGGUGAAGAAGCUGAAGAAGUUCAGCAAAAAGUUCGAAACCUGAGAUAUCAUUGGGAUGAAAUGAAAUCACUCCUAGAAAAAAGGAUAAAACUAUCUCAUCAUUAUGUCUCAUUUCACAAACUUGCUGUUCAGUUAGCUAACGAUAUGGAUGUUGUUGAAGAAAUGAUUAGGGAAAAAGAACCUCAAACUGAAAGCAUGAUGAAACAACUGGAAGAGAAGUGGAUGACCUGUCAACAGAUAUUCUUACAGUUAACUAAUACAGGGAGAAAUUUUAUAGAGGAUGCUACACAGGUGGAUGAUAAGCAUUUGGACACCAAAAGGGCAAUUCUAUGUGUGGAAACAAUCUUGGAAGACUUUAAAACACGAAAGGAGAAACUUAGUAAUUUGUGGAUGUCUUGGCAGACACGAGUUAGUGCUGGAAAAGAGCAGAAAAUACACUGGGAACAGUUUCUUAAAGAUGCUCAAAAGACAAUUGAGUCAGCAAAGGAAAUGCAAGACAAUUUGUAUCCAAUUAUUCCUCAAGAUUUGAACAAUGCUGAAACAAUAGCUGAAUAUCUGGAGAAACAUCAGACGAUAUAUGUACCAACAGCAAAGAGAGUUCUUAUGGAAGUGGAGAUGAGAUUAAAGAUGGCAGAAACGAUCCAAGUCUCACCAAGUUUUCAGAGUCAGAAAGAUAGUCUUGUGAAUCAGUUCACUAAGUUACAUCAGGAACUGAAUAAUAAGAUUGCCGAGUUUCAUGUCUUGCUAACAAUGAUGGUCACACUUUUCCACAAUUUUGUAGAGCUGGAGAAGUUGGUGGAGAAACAAGAAAUGCAGUAUGUCACUGCAGUUUUGCCCAGUGGUCUGGAUGAAAUGGAGAGAAUGAUGAGAGAACAUGAUGCUAGUAAACCAACAAUUCUAGAACUUUUCAAGUUUACUGCUAAUGAAGCUCAACAAGUAAUCAAUAAGAUCUCUCAAGUGGAACCAUUACUUGUUGCACCAAAAGACACAGAAAAAAUAAGGAUGGUAGAUGGACGUAAAAAACGUUUUGAAACGGUGUGGGAAGAGCAUAAAAGAAAACUUGAGCAACAUCAUCAGUUUUGUUUAUUUAAUAGAGAUCUACAACAGAUUAACUACCAGUUAUCUGAACUAAGCAAACACUUGGAAGACAUGCGUGGAAACUACGGAGAGUCCUUACCUGGAGCUAAAGCAACUUCCCAAGCAUUUGUACAAUUUGAAAAGACAAUUGAGCUUCUGGAGAAGCGAAUACACACUUUCAUCAGUACAGCAGAGAAAAUGCUUCUUGAUCAACAUGCUGAGUCAAGUCAUAUUAAAACAGAAAUCCAUUCACUUCAAAACAAGUGGUCAACUUUUCAUAUGAAUAUUGGCGAAAAUCGUCGUCUCAUUGAUCUGUCCAUAGAGUACUUCAGUUUGAUAGAAGAGGCAGAUGAAUGGUUCAAAGAGGGAAGCACAAUUUUAGUCUCUAUUGCUCGUAAGUCUACAAGCUGUAAGUCUCCAAAUGAUGCUAACACCCUUCUUGAAGAAGUAAGAAAUUUCCUCAAACCUGGAGAAGUCAAGCAAGAUGAAAGGCUACGUAAAAUAUCAACAUUAGCUAUACAGCUUUAUGGAGUGGAUCGUACACCAAUCAGUAUGCAGCAGGUUUCAGGGAAAAACAAGGAAAUGUUGGAAUCCUUCUCAGUCAUCAAUGAUGAAUUGUCAAGCUUGUCAGAGAGCCUGAAAGAAGCAGAACAGGAAAGAGAAAGGCAAAAGAAAGAAAAGGAGGAAGCUGAUGCUGCAGUAAAAGCUGCACAGGCUGAAGCAACAGCUGCCAAAGCUGCAGCUGCUGCUGCCCAAGAGGCUGCUAGAGCUGCCCAAGCUGCAGCUAAGGCUGUUCCUGUGAAGCCAGUGCCAUUUGAGAAAGUGACUAUUGACCAACAAGAGGCAGUUCCCAUACCCACAGAAACUCAGAAUGCCCACAUUGAAAUAACUAAACCAUUGCAGUUUUUAGCUGAGGUUCCAAGACCCAAAGCACCAGUAUUUGUUGCUCCUCUCAUCGAUGCAGAAGUAAUGGAAGGAUCAAAAUAUACAUUUAUUUGCCAAGUUGAGGGUUUUCCACCCCCUCGAGGUAUCACGGUCCAGUGGUUUAAGGAUGGUAUACUAAUUCAAAACAACCCAGACUAUCAGACAACUUAUAUAGAUGGAAUGUGUACUCUGACAAUUGAGGAAACAUUCACUGAAGAUUCUGCACGCUUCUCCUGUAAAGCCGUGAAUCCUGCAGGGACGGCAGAAACCCAGGGAUUACUGACAGUCAAUGAGUCGAGGCCACACGAAGAAUUGAUUCCUCCACACUUUACCCAAGAAUUGCAGGAUGGGGUUGUUCAGGAAGGGAAAUCUUUCCAGUUUGAAUGUGUGGUUGUUGGUAAUCCUCUCCCUCUUGUUUCCUGGUUUAAAAAUGACGUCUGUAUUGACAAUUCUCCUGAUUAUGCCAUCACAUACAACAAUGGGCAAUGUACUUUGAAAAUAGAAGAGGCUUAUCUAGAAGAUGAAUCAAGAUAUACCUGUCGUGCUGCUAAUCAGGCUGGACAGGUUGCUUGCAGUGCAAAAUUGACUGUAAAACCAUUAGAAGCAGUUGAACUCCCCAAGUUUCUUACACCUUUAUCAAACGUGAUGGCUCGUGCUGGACAGAAGCUCAGACUAGAAUGUAGAGUGCAUGGUCAACCAGAACCUGUGCUGUCUUGGCUCCAUAAUGGAAAACCUAUCACUAACAGAGAGAUGCAUUAUGAUGGCAACAAAGCAACAUUGGUCAUCAUAGAAGCCUUUCCCAAAGAUGCUGGAACAUACAUGGCAGUUGCUAAAAACCAGGCUGGAGAAGCCACAUCAUCGUGUAAUGUGUCAGUAAAAGGACGACUUCCUAUGGAAACUUCCGAUUCAGAAUUAGCUUCAGAUAUGGAGCCUGUGAAGCCAAAAGUUAUGCAGCCACUGAAGAAUCUCACUGUUGGAGAAGGAAGUACAGUUAGGAUGGAUUGUAUCAUUGUUGGACAACCAGAACCAGAGGUGAUUUGGUAUCACAACGAGAAACCGGUGAAAGAGUCCAACGACAUACAGUUAUUGUUUGAAGGUGAUAAAUGUUCUCUUGUUAUCCAUGAAGCUUACCUGGAAGAUGCAGGCACUUAUAAGUGUGUAGCUAUCAACUCGGGCGGAGAAGCCUCAAGUGUAGGCCUUCUAACUGUUGAAUCUCUAAGUGAAGUGAGUGACAUUGAAAGAAGCCACAAAGAUAUAAUAUUGAGUUUUGAGAAGGCUACUGCUCCUAAGUUUUCCAAACUGCUCAUGGACACUUCUGUGAUUGAAGGACAACGGGUAAAGUUGGAAUGCCAAGUGACUGGUGAACCUCAACCCUUUGUUUCGUGGUAUAAAGAUGGCAAGCAGAUUGAUGCCUCUAAUGAUUAUCAGAUCACCCAUGAUAACUCAGGUUUAAUCUCCCUCACUAUUCCUGAAGUCUUCCCAGAAGAUGGAGGUAGCUACACAGUUAAAGCUACAAACAAGGCUGGGGAAGCUAAAUGUUUCUGCUCAUUGAAUGUUAAUCCUAAAAAACCAGAGCCAAAAGUGCAGUAUCAGCCAUCUGUUCUUCAAUUUCCUCCAAAGUUUACUCUGCACUUGAUAGAUACACGUGUUGGUAGAGGAAAAGAAGCAAAAUUUGAAUGCUGUGUUACUGGAACUCCAAAGCCAAAAAUACAGUGGUGCUAUAAGGGUUGGCCAAUCACUGCUGACAAGGACCACAAUAUCACAGCUGAUGGGGAUAAACACUGUUUAGUUAUUCCAACUGUCUCCUCCUUUCACAGUGGGAGAUAUUCAAUUACGGCUGAAAAUCCUAUUGGUAAAGCUACCUCAUCAGCUCUCUUAGUUGUUGAAGAACCAUUUGAUGACAAAGCAUUGUGGGAUGGAUUUGGAGAACCAAAAUACCAAAUGCCUACCAGAGUGAUGGCGUUCAAAUAUAAAGCAACAACAUUGUGCCGACUUACUUUCCUAGAUCAGGGAAUGGUGAUCCAACCACACCCAACGCUUAUUUCGAAGAGACGACCACCUAACGCAACCCCGCCCAUAUUUGAAAAGCCCCCAAUAGGCGGACGAUUUAUUGAAGGUGGUGAUGCUAACUUUGAAUGCCGUGUGCGGGGAAACCCGCCCCCUGAGGUCACAUGGUCCAGAAGGGGUAUGCCAAUAAAGAAUGACCAGAGACGCCAAGUUUCAUAUAACCCUGACACUGGCGUGUGUAGUCUUCACAUCAGAGGGCUCACUGCAGAGGAUGAUGGUGACUACACCUGUACAGCAGUCAAUUGUGCAGGCGAAGCCUCCCUUACUGUCAGUAUUCAGAGAGAAGUUCAAGGUCAGGUUUACAAGCAAUCACAGGAAAUGUUCAAGACACAUCAGUUUACACAACAAACAACUUUUCAGCGUGCUUACCAAACAUUUGGUCAAGAAAGGAUUCAACCUCCUUUUGAUCAACAAAUGAUUCAGUCAGAACAAGAAGUAGAACCAGGCAGUCCAUUCUAUUAUGGUGUUCCUGAGGGCUUUAGAGUGGACACAUUUGAAUACCGUCUUCUACGAGAAAUUGAAUUUCGAGAAUCCUCCGCCAAGCGUCAACAGGGUGAGCUGGAACCUCCACCACCAGCAGUCAUAGAUACAUCAAGACCACCUACUGCACCUGAAAUACUUCAGCAUCCUCGCAACAGUAAAUUGCUUGAGGGAGCUGAUGCCACAUUCCAAGCAAAGAUCUCAGGCAAUCCCAGACCCGUUAUCACUUGGUUCAAGAAUGGUCAGAAGAUUGUUCAAUCCCAGAGAUAUACCAUUCACAUACAGGAUAAUACAGCCACUUUACAUAUUCAUAUGGUUCUCCCAGAAGAUGCUGGAUAUUACACAUUGUUGGCAGAAAACCCUUCAGGCCGAGUGGCAUGCUCUUGCCAUCUAGUCAUUGAAGCCAUGGGAAAUGUCAGUGAGACCAGAUAUACUAGCAACCAGCGGCUAGAAACUUUUGAUGGACAACAGAAAGGAGAACCAAGACAAGUCAGACCUAUUCGUACCAGCAUGGUAGAAAAUGAUGUUGAAAUAACUGCUUCCAGAACACUUAAACCUAAUUUUAUCAAAAUUCCAACACAAAAAGAAGUGACAGAAGGUAAAAUGGUCAGGUUUGAUUGCAGAGUCUCAGGCCGACCUUUUCCUGAAGUGUUGUGGUUUCACAAUGGGAAACAAAUUAUGGAUGAUGCCACACACAAGCUUCUGGUCAAUGAGGGUGGCAUGCAUGCCUUGAUGAUCACUGUAACUAAUCGAAAUGACUCUGGAACAUAUACUUGCAUUGCAAGAAAUAAAAGUGGAGAAUCUCGUUUUGAAGUAAACUUGACUGUGAUAGAAAAAGAACAAGUUGUUUCUCCAAAAUUUGUUGAAAGAUUUCAGUCUACACAUGUUAAAGAAGGGGAACCUGUGACUUUACAUUGUCGUGCUGUUGGAAUUCCAAUACCUCACAUCACAUGGCAGAAAGAUGGUGUUCAGAUCUAUUCCAGUCCACCAGAAAUGGUCAUUGAAACCCAAGAAGGAAGCUCUAGCUUAUACUUCAGUAAUGUCACAGUUAAUGAUGCAGCAUGGUAUCAGUGUACAGCACAGAACCAAGCAGGAAGCACUGCCACUCGUGCACGUCUUUAUGUUUCUAGUGAGCCUCAAUUAACUGGUGAACCUUGGAAGUUAAGCCUACCUAGACCAACAAAAGUUAUACGACCAGAGAGUUCCCCACCUCGUGAGACCAUCUGGUUACGUCACGUUGAACGUUCCCAUCCCCAUGUUUCUCAUGAGGAAGAAUCAAGACCACCUCAGAAACCAGCAUUUACCACUCAUCUCAGAGAUUUGCAUCUGCAAGAAGGAGAUCGAGCCAGUUUUGAUGCUCGUCUCAUUCCUAUUGGUGAUCCUUCCAUGCAGAUUGAGUGGUUUGUGAAUGGACGAUUUUUGGAAGCCAGUUCUAGAGUGAUGACCAUUGAGAGGUUUGGCUAUGUGGCACUGACAUUACUACAUGUUAAUGUUGAAGAUGCAGGUGUUUAUCAGUGCCGAGCAAGCAAUGAAGCAGGAGAAGCUAUUACUACAGCAACUCUUCACGUGAGCCCUCGUGCAAUGAUUGAAAGUAAAGUCCAACACCCAGAAAGCUGGGAAGCCAUCCAGCAGUUAGAAGACUGGGAGCGUUAUAAACGUUAUGAAUCAGUUGAGGAAUCUCUAUGUGCAAAUAAACCCGUUUUCAUCAAACCGUUGAAUAAUCUAGACAACUUACAGGAGGGAGGAUUUGCACACUUUGAAGCCCAAAUAACGCCUGUAAAUGAUUCCACCAUGACUGUUGAGUGGUAUUUCAAUGGACAACCACUGACAGCUGGAACUCGUGUAAGCACAACUUUCAGCUUUGGGUAUGUAGCUCUGAACAUCAAGUACCUUCGAGCUGAAGACUCAGGGGUUUAUAUGUGUAAAGCAAUCAACCAGAAAGGAGAAGCUUUAUCAACAGCAACACUGAAAGUGAUUACUGUGGGACAAGUUGUUUAUGAUCUUGGCUUCCCAGAACAGCAAAGAUAUCAAGAGAAGAUUCAAGAGUUAGAGUCCUGGCAACGACAACAACACCAACAAAUUGUGGUAGAGGAAGCUGUACCACAGACAGCGCCUGUGUUCCGGUCACCUCUAAGAGACAUUGUAGAUAUUCAAGAAGGUAAAAUUGCUCGAUUUGAAGCCCGUGUUGAGCCAACUGGAGACUCUAACAUGCGAGUUGAAUGGCUCAAAGAUGGGAAGCCCCUGGAAGCUAGUUCCAGAACAACAAUGUUCUUCAAUUUUGGCUAUGUUUCUCUGACUAUUCGUGGAGUUGGUACUCGAGAUAUGGGCUCGUAUACGUGCAUGGCAAUCAAUAAUAUUGGAACAGCAAAAUCAUCAGCAACAUUAACUUGUAAAACUAAACAAAGUGUGGUCCUGGAGACCCACUACCCUGAAGGCCUGGAGAAAAUUCAGCAUCUCGAAGACAGUUCUCACUACCAGCGGGCAACUUAUGAGGAGACUACUGUCACUCAGCGACCACAAUUUACCGAGCCUCUAGUAGGUAAAGAGAUCCUGGUGGAGGGGCAAAGUGCCCACUUUGAAACCCGACUAGAACCUGUUGGUGACCCAAACAUGAUUGUUGAAUGGUACUUUAAUGGAUACCCUCUUACAACUGGUCACCGAUUCAAGACAUACUUUGAUUUUGGCUAUGUGGCCCUGGACAUAUUGUAUGUAUUCCCUGAAGACAGUGGAACUUUCACAAUCAAAGCCAAAAAUAAUCUAGGAGAAGUCACCCAGUCAAAAAGAAUAACAGUUCAAAGUAAAAUUGCUGUUGACACAACAACAAUACACGAAGUUGGGUUAGAACAGAUUGGGUAUUUGGAGCGACCCCACCACCAGGAACCUCAGUACAUGAUCGAAGAAAUAUCCAAGUCAAAACCCAUUUUCACUCAUCCACUUCAUGAUCUUAAACCUUUGCGAGAAGGAGAACGAGUUCAUUUAGAAUGUCGAUUAGAACCUGCUGAUGACCCAACAAUGAAAGUGGAAUGGCUUUUUAAUGGAAAGCCUCUAAAAUCAGGUAGCAGAUUCCAAACACGGUAUGACUUUGGAUUUGUGGCCCUGAAUAUCUUGACAGCCUAUCCUGAAGAUGCUGGAGAGUAUACUGUAAGAGCCACUAAUCAAUUAGGGUCCUCCCACACUAGUGCUAUUGUAAAAAUCUAUGGAAAAUCUGCUAUAAUUUUGGAAUCUCAGCAUCCAGAAGGAUUAGAAAAGAUUCAGCAAUUAGAAUAUACCAGUCGCUAUCAUCGUCCUGUAGAAGAAGAAACCAUCAUCACUCAAAUGCCAACUUUCACUAAACCAUUACAUAAUAUUGAAGUAAUUGAAGGCACUAACAUUCAUUUGGAGUGCCGUUUAGUUCCUGUUGGGGAUCCUACAAUGAAAGUGGAAUGGUUGAUCAACAAUGUUCCUAUUAGGAUAGGACAUCGUUUCCGACCAGCAAAUGAAUUUGAUUAUGUUGCAUUAGACAUUUUAAGUAUUUACCCAGAAGAUAGUGGAGUCUAUACCUGUAGAGCCACAAGCAGUUUGGGACAAGCUGUCACAUCCUGUUCUGUCAAAUGUAUAGCCAAAAGUCAGAUUAUACUUGAAUCACAACAACCUGAAAGCUUAGAAAAGAUACAAUACCUAGAGGACACAAGCCGCUACAAGCGAGACACCCUCGUUGAAGAAGCUAUAAAAGUGAUUCCAAAGUUUACUAGCCAUAUGCAUGGUCUUUCUCUACGAGAGGGCCAAGAGGCCCACUUUGAAUGUCGUCUUGAGCCAGUUAAUGAUCCGUCUUUAAAAGUUGAAUGGUUCCGGAAUGGAGUUUCUCUUCCAACAGGUCACAGAUACCGUCCUUUCCAUGACUUUGGAUAUGUAGCACUAAAUAUCUUGUCUUUAGUACCCGAAGAUACGGGAACAUAUACUUGUAGAGCUACAAACAGCAUGGGAACAACAGAAAUAUCUUCCACCCUUAAAUGUCAGAGUAAAACGUCAAUAAUCUCAGAAACUCAACAUCCUGAAGGCUUACAAAAGAUUCAGAAAUUGGAAUCAUACACAAGGUUUACAAGGCAGGAAGAAGAAGAAGCCACUACUCAGGCCCCUGUGUUUACCAGUCCACCUCGCAGUGUAGAAAUAAAGGAGGGACAGCGAGUUCACUUUGAGUGCCGUUUGAUUCCUGUUGGUGACCCAAAACUCAAAGUUGAAUGGUUUCAAAAUGGAAAACCUGUUAAAAUGGGCUCACGUUUUAUUGAGACCCAUAGUUUUGGUUUUGUGGCACUUGACAUCAUGUAUGCUUAUCCUGAAGAUGCAGGAACUUACACGUGUAAGGCAACAAAUGCCCUUGGAGAAGCUGUUACGUCUGCCCAGUUAAGAUGUUAUGAAAAAGGGAAAUUAGUCCUUGAAUCUCAACAGCCAGAUAGUUUGCAGAAGAUUCAAAAAUUAGAAGACAGUGGUCACUACCAGAGGACUGUUUCAGUGGAAGAAGUUACAACUCAGGCUCCAGUGUUCACACAACCCAUGAGAAACUUGCAAUUGCUGGACAACCAAAGUGCUCAUUUUGAAUGUCGUCUUAUCCCAGUUGGAGAUCCCAAAUUGAGGGUGGAGUGGCUUUUUAAUGGCAUGCCUCUUAUGCAUGCCUCUCGUGUUACCACUAUGCAUGACUUUGGAUUUGCUGCAUUAGACCUGGCUUAUGUGAAACCUGAAGAUAGUGGCACAUACACAUGUAAGGCAACAAAUGAUCUUGGACAAGCUGUAUGUUCUGCCACUUUAACUGUCAAAAGAUCAAGUAGUUUGCUGCUAGAGCCACAGCAACCUGACAGCCUACAGAAGAUUCAGUACCUGGAAGAUUCAACCAGGCAUCAAAGAGCAGUUACAGAAGAAACAGUAGUCUCAAGUAAACCAGUAUUUGUUACACCACUACGAGGACCUACUAAGCUAGCAGAAGGCCAGAGCAGUCACUUAGAGUGCCGAAUUGAACCAUAUCCUGACCCUACCAUGAAAAUUGAAUGGUUUUACAAUGGUCAGAUCUUGAAAACAGGCCAUCGCUUCCGCACAAUGUAUGAUUUUGGAUUUGCGGCUUUAGACAUUCUUUCAGUUAAUGCCGAAGAUUCGGGUGAAUAUAUGAUCAAAGCAACUAACUGCUUGGGCACCUCUACUUCAACUGCAGUUAUACAAGUAACAGGCAAGAGUGGAUUAAUCUUAGAAUCACAACAACCUGAUAGCUUGCAAAAGAUUCAGUAUCUGGAAGACGCUAGUCGCUUCCAAAGAGCUACAGUUCAAGAAGUCGUAUAUGAUGAACGUCCAGCUUUUGGUAGGCCGCUUUACAAUUUAGAAAAUCUAAGUGAAGGCCAGAAAGCUCAUCUUGAAGCUACACUGACUCCAGUUACUGAUCCUAACCUGAAGGUUGAAUGGUACUUCAAUGGUCAUCCAAUUCAACAAGGUCAUCGCUUCAAAACAACCUGUGACUUUGGAUAUGUAGCUCUUGAUAUUUUGUACGUCUUACCAGAAGACAGUGGUACCUAUAUGUGUAAAGCCAGAAAUAAUGUUGGUGAAGCUGUAACCACAUGCUCUUUAAGAGUCAAAAGUAAAAGUGGAAUCAUUAUAGAUACUCUGCAUGAAGAAGGUUGGGAGAAAAUCCGAGAGCUUGAAACUUCCUACAUAAAAAAGGCAGAGGAACCAGUCACACAAAUUAGCCGUCCCGUGUUCUUAACUCCACUCACCAGCCAAGAGAAUAUUAAGGAAGGUCAACCUAUUCACAUGGAAUGUCAUCUCGAGCCCAUCAAUGACCCCAAGCUACAAGUUAUGUGGUACAUCAAUGGAGUGGAGGUUAAAGCAGGCCAUCGAUUUAGGACAACCCAUGACUUUGGGUAUGUUGCACUGGAUAUUCUUUAUGCUUAUCCAGAAGAUACGGGAACUUACAUGUGUAAAGCUGUAAAUGAGUUAGGUGAGGCUGUGGUGACAUGCUCCAUCAAAAUCCAAGGUCGAAGAAGUGUGUAUUAUGACACUCAACAUCCUGAAGGAUUGGAAAAGAUCAAGGAAUUAGAAUGUCAGCCUAAGUACCAACCAGUAGAAGUGGAGGAACAGCCAAUAUCAUGCCCAUACUUUACACUUGAACUAAAAGGGAUCACAGAGCUUGUGGAAGGGCAGAAUGCUCACCUAGAAUGUCGGGUGGAGCCAGCUCAUGAUUCAAACCUUCAAGUGGAAGUGUUACAUAAUGGCAAACCUCUAGAUGCUGGCUCUCGUUUUCGUGUAACCUUUGAUUUUGGAUACAUUGCCCUGGAUAUUAAACAUGUGCUGCCUGAGGACUCAGGAAUGUUUACUGUAAAGGCUAAGAAUAAUCUUGGAGAAGCUACCAGCUCCAUUAACAUCAAAGUUCAAGGAAAGACCAGUAUAAUUAUGGAAACCCAACACCCAGAAGGUUUAGUGAAAAUUCAGGAGCUGGAAGAUGAAUCUCGUCAACGGCAUGAUGUGUAUGUUGAGCCACGAACAUUCCAACGACCAGUGUUUACAGCUCCGCUGCAAAAUCUGGAUAGCCUUGUGGAAGGACAAGAAGCACAUUUGGAGUGCCGCUUAAUUCCUGUAGGUGACCCCACACUAAAAGUGGAAUGGUUCUUUAAUGAGAAACCUUUACAACCAAGUUCCCGAGCUAAGACAGCUCAUGACUUUGGCUAUGUAGCUCUUGACAUCCAGUAUGUACGGUCUGAUGAUACAGGUGUUUACAUGUGUCGUGCAUCAAAUGAACUGGGUGAGGCUGUUACCACUGCCUCAGUCAAAGUCAAAUCUAAAACCUCAAUAUUAUUAGAAACACAACAUCCAGAAGGUCUUGAGAAGAUCCAGGAGCUAGAAACUGCCAAAACUUGGACUGGCCCAGAGGAACCAGCAAGAGUUUUUGAGAAGCCAGUGUUUACCAUGCCUCUCACUGGUCCUCAAGAGCUUGUUGAGGGACAACCUGCUCACUUUGAAUGCCGUGUUGUACCUGUUGGUGAUUCUAAUCUGAAAUUUGAGUGGUAUGUGAAUGGAGUGGAACUGAAGACAGGUACCAGGAUCCAAGAGACUCAUGACUUUGGGUUAGUGUGCCUUAAUGUUAUGUCUACAAUCCCUGAAGAUUCAGGAGUGUACAUGUGUAAAGCAAUAAACUUAGCAGGUGAAGCUGUCACCACAACUUCCAUCAAAGUGAAAAGUCGUCAGAAAAUUCUUGAUGAAAGCCAACAUCCUGAAGCUCACAGAAAAACCCAAAAGUUUGAGCUUGAUUCAUCUCGUAUUCCAGAAAUUUGGUGGGAUGCUGGCCCUGCUACAAGACCUGUUUUUACAAAGCACUUGAUUAACCAAGAAAAACUGAUAGAAGGGCAAAAUGUCCAUCUUGAAGCGAGGUUAGAGCCUGCAAAUGAUGAGAAACUGAUAGUGGAAUGGUAUAAAAACAGCAAAGCCAUAAUACCAGGCACAAGAAUAAAAACAACAUUUGACUUUGGUUUUGUAUCACUGGACAUCAGUGGAAUACGGCCUGAUGAUUCUGGUAUUUAUACUUGCCGAGCAGUGAAUGAAGCUGGAGAAGCUAUUUCAACUUGCACUAUCAAGGUUGAAGGUCGUGAAGGAGUCUUACUUGGAAGCCAACAUCCAGAAAGCCUCCAGAAGAUCCAACAGUUGGAAACUAGUAUCAUGCGUGAACCUGAGUUCAUGGAGCCAUUGUAUGAAAUUCCUGUAUUUACAACACACUUAAACAAUCUGGAGCUUAGAGAAGGAGAAUCAGCACAUUUCCAGUGUCAAGUGGAACCAGCAAAAGAUCCAACUCUCACCAUUGAUUUUCUAGUCAAUGGAAAACCUCUUCCAGCAGCUGCAAAAUUCAUGGUUAAAAAAGACUUUGGCUUUGUUAUGCUGGAUAUUUCUUGUGUCUACACUGGAGAUGCUGGUAUUUACACAUGCCGAGCUACCAAUAGCAAAGGCCAAGCUGUCACUACAGGCUCGCUAAAAGUUCAUGGUAAAGAAGACAUUAUCUAUGGAACUCAACAUCCUAUGGGUGAAAUUGGGUUAUCUCGAGUACAGCAAGUGGAAGAAGCUUACCUUAGCAGAUACCAGGUACCGAUGGAAGAGGUAGAGCAAGUGUUUCCGAAGCCCGUGUUUGUUGAGCCAUUACAAGCCAACUUCAAUGUGAAUGAAGGAGAAAGGCUUCAACUUCAGUGUCGUUAUGAGCCCUCUGCUGAUCCUAAACUUGUAAUUGAAUGGUUCUUUAAUGGAAAACCUUUAGAACUAGCAUCUCGCUUCACAAGUACCAGCGAUUUUGGACAAGUCACUCUAGCAGUAUCAGACCUCUGGCCAAGAGACUCUGGUGUUUAUACAUGCCGUGCGCAUAACAAUGCAGGUGAAGCCUUCACUUCAACAACCAUUCAGUGUAUUGGGAAAAGCUUUAUCUAUGAAGGAACACUCCAUCCUGAGGGAGAACGAGGACUUGAGAAGAUCCAGGAUCUGGAGGAGUCUCUGGCUAGAUUACCUGAAAGAGCACUUUCUGUGGAAGAAGGCCACUCUCCUGUCUUUACCUCUCAGUUCCAGAACUUAACUAACCUCAGUGAGGGAGACAUUGCUCACUUUGAGGCAACACUAACACCAGCAAGUGAUCAAACUAUGGUCGUGGAAUGGUUUUUCAAUGAAAAGCCCCUUAAAGCUGGCCAUCGUAUCCGCACAGUCCAUGCUUUUGGUAUGGUAGUUUUAGAAAUCCUAGGUGUCAUUGCUGAGGAUACAGGAAGGUACACUUGUCGAGCAACCAACAAGUGGGGAAAAGCUGAAAUCACUGUUGUCUUGGAGACUGUUGAUCGUUCUCGGGGACAGAAACCUCAUUUUACCACCCAGUUACAGAGUAUUAUGGGAUUGAAAGAAGGUGACAGUGCACACUUUGAAUGUACUCUAGUACCAGUUGGUGAUUCUGCCAUGAAAAUAGAAUGGUUUCACAAUGGGCAACCCCUCAGAGACAGUUCCCGUAUCAAGACCAUUAGUGACUUUGGUUAUGUGGUGAUGGAUAUUUCAUUUGUCCAUGUUGAAGAUGCAGGGGAGUACAUCUGUGUAGCCACUAAUAAGUAUGGCUCUGACACCACUCGGUGCUUCCUUGAAUGUGCUGGUCAUGGCAAAAUUUUCAGAGAUUCCUUACAACCACAGAGCUUAGAGAAGAUUGCAGCAUUGGAAGGUUACUCUCGUUAUCAGACAACUGUGCUAAAGGAGCCAUUGAUUAACGAACCUCCCAAGUUCCAUAGUCAGAUUCAACCUUUAGUCAACUUAGUUGAAGGACAAAGUGCUCACUUUGAAGCACAACUGACUCCAUUAAAUGACCCCAACUUAAAGGUUGAGUGGUUCUUCAAUGGUCAGCCUCUUAGGCAUGGCCACCGCUUCAGAACUUUCCAUGAUUUUGGAAUUGUCAUUUUGGACAUUCUUUACUGCUAUGGUGAAGACAGUGGAGAGUAUAUGUGUAGAGCAACAAACCGUUUAGGCACUGAUGUCACUAAAACAAUGCUCAAGUGUAGAUCUAAAAGUUCUUUGAUCCUGGAACCACAGCUGCCUCCAGAAAUGUCUGGUGGUACUGAAAGAAUUAUUGAACUUGAAGAAGCUUUGCAUCGUUCUCGAAUGGAAAUAUCAGAAGAAGUUGUUCGGGAAGCUCCUCGAUUUACAAAACCAUUGGAUAACCUGACAAACAUACGAGAAGGAGAGAAUGCUCACUUUGAUGCUCGACUCACACCAACUGAUGAUUCUGAUCUUACCCUGGAUUGGUUUAAAGAUGGAAAACCACUUCGUGCAGGGACUCGGAUACGCACCAUUCAUGAUUUUGGCUUUGUAGUUCUUGAAAUAAGCCCAGUGUAUCCAGAAGACAGUGGUAUUUACUCCUGUCGUGCUAUCAACAGGCUUGGUGAAGCAGUCACCACAUGUACUAUGAAAUGUGAAGGGAAACGAGGCAUAAUACUGGAAACUCAGUUGCCAGAAGGUAUGGAAACCGGUAUGGAAAAAAUGGCUAGGUUUGAAGAUAUAUCAAGUAGCCGUGUAACAGAAACAUGGAUGGAUAUUGAUGUUGCACAAGCUCCUAAGUUCACUACCAAACCCCAGGACAUUUCCCUCCCUGAAAACUCUCUGGCUCACUUUGAAUGUCGGUUAACACCAGUUGGAGACCCAACUAUGAAAGUUGAAUGGUUCCACAAUGGAAAACCACUUAUCACAGGAACAAGAAUCAGAACAAUCAGUGACUUUGGCUUUGUGAUCUUGGAAAUUGCUGGUGUCUACCAACGAGAUAUUGGAGUAUAUACGUGUAAAGCUAUGAACAGAGUUGGAGAAGCUACUGUUUCAGCAUCCUUAAAUGUAAAAAGCAAAGCCUCUAUUAUUCUGGAACCACAACUUCCUGAAGACUUCCGAUCUGGAACAGCAACCUUGCAGCGUCUGGAAGAAGCUCUUUAUCAAACAAGAGAGGCUGUCAUACCUGAAGAAAAGCUACAACCUCCUCGAUUCGUUACACACAUCCGAGAUGUACCAAACAAGGCUGAAGGAGACUCAGCUCACUUUGAGUGUAGGCUAGAGCCACAAGGAGACCCAACACUCACAGUUGAAUGGUAUCACAAUGGAAAGCCACUUAUAACAGGUUCUCGAGUUCACACCAUAAAUGACUUUGGUUUUGUUGUGCUGGAGAUUGAUUGGUUGUUUCCACGAGAUGCUGGUGAAUAUGUUUGUCGAGCCACUAAUAAGUGUGGAACUGACUCUACAAAAGCGGUGCUGAAAGUUAAAAGUAAACGGGAUAUCAUCAUGGAAAGCCAGCUCCCUGAAGGUAUGUCUGCUGACAAACUACGGGAACUAGAAUAUCCACCCAUGCUGGAGGAACCUGUGGAAGAGAUUACUCUUCAACCUCCUCACUUUAUCACACAUAUCCAACCUCAGGAGAAUCUAAAUGAAGGAGACAGUGCUCACUUUGAAUGUCGCCUUGAACCCAUCAAUGACCCUAAGCUUCGAGUAGAAUGGUACCACAAUGGCCAGCCUUUACGCUCUGGUCAUAAAUUUAAGACAACCCAUGACUUUGGCUUUGUAGCACUGGAUGUGCUUUAUGUUUACCCUGAAGAUUGUGGCGAGUAUAUGGCAAGAGCUUUUAAUGAUCUUGGAGAAGAUAUUACAAAAACUACUUUGAAGUGUAAAGGCAAACCAUCCCUUAUCUAUCGAACCCAGCUGCCUAAAGAGAUGGAAGGUGGUGUUCAAAAAAUAGCAGAAAUGGAAGCUGCUUGGCAAAGGGUUGAUGACAUAGAAGAAAUGCCUCAAGAGAAAACAGCACCCAUGUUUGUAAUGAAACCAGAACCACAAGUAGUGCUGGAAGGUGACUGGGCCAAAUUUCAGUGCAGAGUAACAGGAAAUCCUCGUCCUCGAUUGAUGUGGAUCUUGAAUGGACAAACUGUUGUCAAUGGAUCCCGAUAUAGGUUGACAUAUGAUGGUAUUUUCCACCUUGACAUUCCUAAGAGCAGACAAUAUGAUCAAGGAAAAGUUGAGGUCAUUGCACGUAAUGCUUUAGGUCAGGCUUACUGCUGGACAACCCUGGAAGUCAAACCACGGUUUGAUGAUUAUCGUGCGGUCUUGAAACAUUCUCCUAAACCUUGGUAUGAUUCAGAAGUAAAACGUUAUCAAAAAGACCGAAAAGAAACUGAACUUCACAAAGUUUUUGAAGAGAAACUAACACCUGGUGGAACUAAAGUAGACAUCUGGAAGACACGCGAGGCUGAAGGUGAACGAGUAAAAGUAAAACAGAGAUUAGAAGAAGAUACAAAGAAGAUGCAGCCUGAGGUUAAGAAAUACAAAACUGAUGCAUUUGACGUUGACAGUACCACAGGUGAAAAGAGAGUAGAGCAACAACCUCGGGUACCCUGGAUCACCAAAACAUAUAAAGACAAAGUAGAUCAUACAGUUCAGCCUCCUAUCUUUCCUGAAACAGUGGUUCAUGGCAAAGAGGUACACGUAUCUAAGCAAAAACAAACUCAGUUGGAGAUGAAGGGACAAUGGGAGGUGACUCGUCACACAACUUUGACAGAAACUAUGGAACAAGAACACAAGGGUGUCACUCAGGAGAGGAAAGUCAUAGGCUUAGUGCCUGAAACAAAACCUCCAAUAUUUACCAAGAAAAUUCAACCCUGCCGAGCAUUUGAGGGAGAAAUUGCCCAAUUUGAAUGUACUUUUACUGGUACCCCAAUUCCAACCAUCACUUGGUACAGGGAGAACUUCCCCAUCACCUCUUCUCAGGACUUCAUGGUCAAUACAACUGACAAUACUUCCACACUUACAAUUCGGGAAGUCUAUUUAGAAGACAGUGGCAUAUUCAGUGUUAAGGCAGAAAAUAGAGGAGGCACUGCUAAAUCAUCUAGCAAUUUGGUGGUUGAAGAGAGGAAAGAGGAAAAAAGGGGCCUUGUACCUCCAAGUUUCACUAAAACACUCCAGGAAUCCUCUGCCAAGUCUGGUCAGUUGGUACGGCUAGAUGCUCGUGUUUUUGGAUCCAAACCAUUAGACAUAUACUGGCUAAAGAAUGGAAAGAAAGUGCUUCCUGACAUAACCCACAAGAUGCUAGAAGAAGAGGAUUUGUGCACACUAUUAAUUCUCGAAGCUGCUCCUGAAGAUACUGGUACUUAUGAGUGUGUAGCUCUCAAUAAAGCAGGAGAAGCUCGCUGCCAAGCCCAAGUAAACGUUGAAGCUACUGUUCCUAAAGAUAAACCCAUUUCACCAAAAGAGGCACCAAAAGAAGUCAAAGCACCUGAACUCUUGGAGCCAUUAAAACCUGUAACAGUGAACGAAGGACAGCCAGCAGUUUUUAAAUGUCGGAUCUCGGGAUCACCAGCACCACGAGGAAAGUGGUUCCGAGGAGAUACCUUGAUCAAACAGUCUCGCUACUUUUGCAUGUCAGUUGAGAAAGAUGUCUACUCUCUGCGGAUCUCUGAAGCUUUUCCAGAAGACAAGGGUGUCUAUAAAUGUGUAGCUGCUAAUUCUACCGGGACAGUUUCCACAAGUGCUAACUUAAACGUUAUUGCUCCAGAAGUGGUAGAAGUUCCUCCAUCCUUAAGUCCACUAGCUGACCUCACAAUACCUGAAGGAUCCCCAGCAAGGUUUGUUACAAGUGUAACUGGAGUUCCUACUCCUCAGAUUGUCUGGUAUAAAGAAGGGACCAUGAUCAAGCCAUCAAGAGAUUUUCAGAUGGCUCAAGACACUGGUUCAUGUUCACUGGUAAUUCGACAAACUUAUCCAGAAGACGAGGGCGUCUAUAUCUGCAGAGCCACCAAUACCAGUGGGCAAGCAGAAACUUCUGCUCGUUUGACAGUUGAAAAAAAACCAUCUCAACCUGAAGAGAUGAAAGCUCCAGGUGUGACAAAAGCACCCACUGCUCCUAAAGAACCUUUCUGGAAACAAAAGGAAAAGAAGAAGCUCCCAGCAGAUGAACAGGCCAUCCCACCUAAAUUUAUCAAGAAACUAAAGCCACUAACGGUUAACGAGGGGAAAAAGGUUAUAUUUGAGUGUAAGGUGGAGGGGUACCCUCCACCAGAACUCACCUGGUAUUUUAAUGAACGUCCAGUACAGCCGUCAAAGGACUUCAAGAUGACCCAUAAGAAAGAUGGCACGGCGAUGAUGGAAGUUAAACAAGUGAGUCCCGAUGACUCUGGAACGUAUACCUGUAAGGCAAUCAAUAAAGCAGGGGAAGACACAACUACCUCUGAACUUACUGUCAAAGAAAAAGGUGCUCCACCCAAGGUCCUUAAACCUUUAAAGCCAACGUCAGCAACAGAGGGCAAGCAGACGACCAUACAAUGUGUAGUAAAGGGAACUCCACCUCUGGACAUCAAAUGGUUUCACGAAAAACGCGAGAUCCAGCCAUCACGGGACUUUCAACCACAGUAUAACCCAGAAACAGGAGUGGCUACUUUGACGAUCCAAGAAGUAUUUCCAGAUGACCAAGGAAACUACACCUGCAAAGCCACUAAUCCGUUUGGAACGGACCAGACAGUAGCGCCACUAAUCGUCUCAGAAGAUAUAGAAUUUAUAGAGAAGCUCGAGCUCCAGAAUCCACCCCAGUUCACUAAACCUCUCCAGCCAAUAACAGCACCUGGAGGAGAACCAGUAGAAAUGAGUGUUGAAGUUAUUGGGACCCCUGAGCCUACAAUAACAUGGUUCUACAAUGGGAAAGAGCUCAAACCUACCCGUGAUUUUCAAUUAAAGACAGAGGGCACUAAGUCCACUUUGCUAAUUGUUGAGGUGUUUCCAGAGGACGCAGGGACGUACGAGGUUCGAGCUAAAAACACAGCAGGUCAAGCCACAACCAUAUCCAAUCUUACAGUAGUUACCGAGGAAGAAGUCCCCAAAAAGCCACCCAAACCACCAACGUUCACCAAACCUCUCCAGUCUCAGCUUGUCCCGGAAGGAGAACCUGUGGUGAUGGACGCAGAAGUUACAGCUGAGCCGGAAGCAACCUUCACUUGGCUCGCAAAUAAGCGACCAAUCAAACCGUCCAGAGACUUUCAGGUCACAAGCGAACACAACCGUACUACUCUCGUCAUCAACGAGGUAUUCCAUGAUGAUGGAGGAGAAUACACCUGUAAAGCAGAGAACGAAGCUGGAACAUCUACUUCCACAGCCACAUUGACUAUAGAGAGUGAACCUGAAGAAGACAACGAAGCACCACAGUUUGUAGUUCAACUUACUCCUCAGACCGUGAUGGAUGGAGAAGAGGCUAAACUCUUUUGCUACGUGACCGGAAAACCAACCCCUAAAAUCACAUGGUACCACAGUGAUAGAGAGGUAAAGGAGAACAAGGAUGUCUGGACUACUGUGCGUAAGGAUGGCUACUGUGAACUCUUUAUUUCCGAGGUUUUCCCAGAAGACAUGGGGGAAUAUAUUUGUAAAGCUGUGAAUAAAGCAGGAGAAGCAAUUACUAGAUCGACACUAAAUGUUGACUCUUUUGAAUACAUCCCAGACUCUGAGAUUGCUUCUAUCAGCAUGGACAAAGCUUCUGACGCCACCCUUCAAAGCGAAGAGGAACUUCCAGAAGAGACAGCAGAGCAUCCAGUCGAAAAGAUUUCUCCACCACCGCCCACUUCAGUGACCAAGAAGGACGUUCCCUUGAAGAAACAGGAACCUAGAACCGAACCAGGAAUUGCACCCAAGUUUGUUACUAAACUAACUGAAACAGAAUCUCGACCCGGCCAUCCAGUCAGGUUGGAAUGCAAGGCCACAGGGACUCCACGACCCAAAAUUACCUGGUAUCGUCAUGGUAAGAUAUUAAAGCAUUCACCACAGUACCAGUUGGACUACCAACCGAACGGCACCUGUACUCUCGUAAUCUCACGUUGUGUUUUAGAAGACACGGGCGAAUAUCUUUGUGAAGCCAUGAAUCGUAACGGCGUUGACGUCACUACAUCUAAGGUUACAGUUCAGGAAUACAAACCUAAGCCUCCUGUUCGAGUUGAAACCAAGAAGAUAGAAGAAGAAAAACCUCAACCGCCAUCUUUCGAAACAACUCUCAAUGACUUAUUUGUAAAAACCCCUGGCGGAAAAGCAACAUUUGAGUGCUUUGUUCGAGGGAAGCCUAAACCGGAAGUUACUUGGUAUCACAAUGAAAAGAAGAUUGAUUCUACUAGCAAGAAAUACACAAUUAUAAACCAGGAAGAUCGAAGUACUCUACACGUCACCAAAGUCACUAAUGAAGUCGGUGGGCGAUACACGUGCCAUCUGGUGAACGUACUUGGCCAACAAACUUCUACGGCUUAUCUCUACGUUGGAGUUACAAAAGAAGAGCAUGAAGCAAAAAUCCGGGAAGAAAAACUAAAGGAAGAGGCAACGAAAGAACUCGAAAAAGUGAAACCAGUCACAAAGAAGCUUGAUGUUUCUUUCACAACAAAAGAAUCUGUCUCUAUGAUGGAAACUCGCACAGAAAGUAUGACACGAACUUUAAGAAUGGAGAAAGAUGUAAUAGAACGACGUCCUGGGGUAAUAUUUUCGACACAAGAUCAUAUUGGAGUAGAACAAAUUGAGACUGAAGAACGUCCAAAAGGUAUUAAGCCAUUUAAACCCAAGGAGUUUAAAGCCGAAGAGAAAAAAAUGGAAAAACCUACCCUGAAAAAAAUAAUAAUAACGCCUAAACCCGAAACAGGUAAACCUAAAAAGCCAGAAGAAGAAAAACCAAGAGAACUAAUACCGAGGUUUGCACCUGGUAGAGUACGUGAAGAAAAGCCAGAAGAUACGGUGGAAAGUAAAUCAUUAAUAUCAUUAAAAAAGCGGGAUGUUAUUUAUAAACCGAAACCAAAGGAGGAAUUUGUAGACGUAACAGACUCAACUGUAGAGGAAUCAAGAAAAAUAACAGUAACAACAGGAAUGAAGAAAACAACUGAACAAACGACAGAAAUAUCAAAGACAACGCCUGGUUUAAAAGAAAUCAUUAUUGAAAAAAGACCUAUAGAGGAGAGAAAAAUCACUUUAGAAAGUAUUGAAAUACCGAAACUUGAAGUAGACAGCAAACAGAAGAGAGAGAUUACUUUGGAGAGCAAAGAAACAAUUAAGCCAAAAGAAGAAAAGGAGAAGCCAGUGAAACAAAAAUUUAUCCCCGAAGAAAAACCAAAAGAAGAAAAACCUGAAACAGUUGAAACGAAGUUCACUCUAAAGAAGAAAGAAAGAGAAAAACCAAAAAGGAAACCGGAAAAAGAUAUUCCAAAGGAGAUAAAGGAGGAUAAAACUAUAUUAGAAGAACAAAGAGUUGUGACGGUUGAGAGCAAGAAAAAGCUCACAAAAGAAGAAGUAGAAACAAAAGAUGUAGUCAAGAAACCAGAAGACAUUAGAAAAGCGCCCGAACUUAAAGAAAUAAUGAUUGAAAGAAAACCUAUUGAGAAGGACAGAGAAAUUAAGUUAGAGAGUCGUGAAAUACCAGACAUAGAAGUAAAGGAAGAUAAGAAACGAGUAAUAACUAUAGAUAGCAAAGAACUUCCUAAGCCUAAAGAAGAAGUUAAACCAAAAAAGGUAACAAAAGAAGAACCAAAAGAAGAAAAACCUGAAACAGUUGAAACGAAGUUGUUUCCAAAGAAAAAAGAGGAAGUGAAACCAAAAAAGAAACCAGAAAAGGAUAUUCCAAAGGAAAUAAAGGAGGUUAAACCUAUAGAACAAAGAGUUGUAACUGUUGAGAGCAAGAAAAUGUUCACAAAAGAAGAAAUAGAAAUAAAAGAUGUAGUCAAGAAACCAGAAGACAUUAGAAAAGCGCCCGAACUUAAAGAAAUAAUGAUUGAAAGAAAACCUACUGAGAAGGACAGAGAAAUUAAGUUAGAGAGUCGUGAAAUACCAGAUGUAGAAGUAAAGGAAGAUAAAAAACGAGUAAUAACUUUAGAUAGCAAAGAACUUCCUAAGCCUAAAGAAGAAGUUAAGCCAAAAAUGGUAACAAAAGAAAAACCAAAAGAAGAUAAAACUGACAUUUCUGAAAUUAAAAUGAAAAUUUCUACAAAAGAAAUAGCAAAACCAGACGAAAAACCCAAACUAAAAUCCCUAAAAGAACCAAAAACAGUGAAAGCGGAGGAGAAAAAGAUGGAAAUAGAAAGUAAAGUGGCAUGGAAAAAAGUAGAAAAAAUUGAUAAAACUCCAAAAGAAUCGGUGAUAAAGGAAAUUAAACCUGAAGAACAACAUGAAGUAACAUUAGCAGCUCGUCAAAUUCCAGAAAUAGAAGUGAAACCACAAAAGAAGACAGAUGUUACAGUGGAGAGUAAAGGGACUCCUAAGCAAAAAGAAGAAAGAGUGGAAUUAAAACCAACAAGAGUAUCAAAAGAAACACUGCAGGAUGUACAAUUGCUAGAAGCAACGAAGGUAACGUUAAAAGGGAUAAAAAAGCGAGAAGAAACGAAGCCAGAAGAAAAGCCUAAACCAUUGGAGGAAAAACUAGACGAAACAACAGAAAUUACAUUAGAAACCAAACGUCGUGCAAAACCAGAAACCAAAAAGCCCGAAGUAAAACCUGAAAUCAAAAUAGAAACUACAGAUCUGCCAAAACCAAAAGAAGAAAAACUGAAGAUUACAUUAGAAACUCGAGAAUAUCCAGAAGUUGAAGUUACAUCUCAGGAAAAACGAGAGAUUUCUAUAGACACUAAAGAAAUGAAGCCACGAAAAGUAGGUGAGACACAAGAGGAAACUAAGAUGAGCUUACAAGAAAGUAUUGCCGGUAUUUCUAUUAUUAGGAAACCUGAAAGUAAACCCAAACCAACACCAUCCCCAAAACGAGAUGAAAAAACUGAGACAAUUGAAAGUACAGAAAAACUAGAAAGAAAAUCUGAAAUAUUUUUAGAAAGCAAAAAAGUACCAAAGCCUAAGCCAGAGCAGGUUCCCAAGCCUAAGGAAACACGACAGGAACUUGAAAUGACAAUCAAGAGGAGAAAAGAUAUCGAACAGAAACCAAAAGAAAGGACAGAAACUGGUUUAAUUAUAACUGAAGAAGCCAAAGUAGAGGAAAGACCUGAAGAGCAAGUGGAACAGAUGCCACCAUUUACAAGAGAAUCUUUCAUGGCUAAGCAAGAUAUUUUAACUAAAGAAAGUGUUUCAGUAAUGGAAGUAACUUCAGAAUCAAGAGUGACAAUGAUGACUACAGAAGAAAGGCAUUAUCAAACAGCAAGUCUUAGGACCAGGUUUGCUCCAAGGCAAACGGUUAUCAUUUCGGAAAUUGGCACUGAACAAAUUCCAGCAGAACUGAAACCAGAAAAACCUGGUGAUGUACAUGCAAUAGUCGAGUUUCCAGAGAGUGAGUAUGUUAGUGUGUAUGAAACAAAACCCGAAGAAAAGACUGAGACGUUUGCUCCAGGUGUUACUCCAGGUCAGGUUUCAGCCCAAAAGAAGUUCACACCACAAGAAUCAGUAACAAUAGAAGAGGUCACAACAGAAAUGAAGACUGAGGAAUUAAAGCCUGAAAAGAAAAUACCAGAAAAGCAUGCUGUUAUGGAUCUCACUUCACAUGAGUCAUACGAAAUUUCGCAUGUUACAUCUGAAGAAAAGCCAGGAGAAUUUGCACCAGGAUAUCUUCCUGGAGAGGUAAAAGCUGGAGUUCACUGGACACCAAAAGAAUCUUAUGCUGUCUCUGAAGUUAUAACAGAAGGAAAGUCAAAAGAAUUCACAACUGGUGAAACACCAUUCAGUUUCAAGGCUACACAGCAGAUUACAUCGAAAGAAUCCCUCUCUGUUUCUCACGUAGUUACAGAAACAAGAACAGAGGAACUUCAAUCAAUACCAAUACCAGAAAGUAAAAACAUUGGAUUCCAGGUAACUCCUCAAGAAACAUUUACAGUUUCUGAAGUGACACUGGAAAGUAAACCUUCAGAAUUUGCUCCAGGACAAGCACCAUUCACCCAGAAAGCAAAAACAGAAUUUACUUCCAAGGAAACUAUCUCUGUGUCUGAAGUCACAACCGAACAGAUUACAAAAGAAUUAUCACCAGACAAGAAGCCAAAGGUUCAGUCUCUUCAACCAGAAAUUCUAACACAGGAAUCUAUGGCUGUAUCUGAAACAACAACACAGAUGAAAGCUUCCGAAUUUGCUGCAGGAGAACUUCCUAAUCAGGUGACAGCAAAAGUUGAUUACUCACCAAGAGAAUCACUAUCAAUACAAGAAGUUCAACACGAAGAAAAAUCAAAGGAACUUACCGUUGAAAAGCCCCAAGAAAAUAAGGCUUUGCUUGAUAUCACUACUAAAACGUCCCUUAUUGUUUCGGAAGUUAGUAGUGAAAUGAAACCCAAAGAAUUUACCCGAGGAGAAUCGCCUCAUCAGAAGAAAGCUGAAAUGACUGUUGCACCAGAAGAGUCAGUAGCUGUAUCUGAAGUAACAUCAGAAUUUAAACCGGAAGAGUUUGUAAUGCCAGAAGCACCUAAAAAAGGCAUUGCUGACGUCAGUUUUGCUCCACAAGAAUCAGUAUCUGUUUCUGAAAUCACCACAGAAUCAAAGCCAAAAGAAUUUGCUCCAGGGCAGGCACCCUUUUCGCAACAAGCCACGGCAGAAUUUACUUCAAAGGAAACCGUGUCUGUGUCUGAGGUAACAGCAGAACAAAUUACUAAAGAAUUAUCACCAGUGAUAAUACCCAAAGAACAAUCACUUCAACCCAAAAUUUUAACACAGAAAUCCAUGUCUGUGUCUGAAACAACAACUCACAUGAAAGCUUCCGAGUUCGCCCCAGGAGAACUUCCUAAUCAAGUGACAGCAAAGAUUGAUUACUCACCAAGAGAAUCUCUGUCGAUACAAGAAGUUCAUCAUGAAGAAAAAUCGAAGGAACUUACUCUUGAAAAGCCCGAAGAAAAGAAAGCUCAAUUGGAUAUCACUCCAAAAACCUCUUUUACAGUAUCAGAGGUUAGUAGUGAAAUGAAACCAAAGGAGUUUAUACCAGGAGAGUCUCCACUUCAAAAGAAAGCUGAAAUGACUGUUGCCCCUGAAGAAUCUGUAGCUGUGUCUGAAGUGACUUCAGAAAUUAAACCAGAAGAGUUUAUGACUCCUCAAGCACCUAAAAAAGGAACUGCUGAAGUAAGUUUUGCACCUCGAGAAUCAGUAACUGUUUCCGAAAUCACUGCAGAAUCAAAGCCAAAAGAAUUUGCCCCAGGGCAAGCACCAUUUACACAAAAAGCAAAAGCAGAAUUUACUUCAAAGGAAACUGUUUCGGUGUCCGAAGUUACAACUGAGCAAAUUACUAAAGAACUAGCACCAGAGAUAAAACCCAUAGAACAGUCGCUUCAGCCAGAACUUCUAACUCAAGAAUCCAUGGCUGUGUCUGAAACAACAACGCAGAUGAAAGCUUCCGAAUUUGCCCCAGGAGAACUUCCUAAUCAGGUGACAGCAAAGAUUGGUUACUCACCAAAAGAAUCUCUGUUUGUACAAGAAGUCCAACAUGAGGAAAAGUCAAAGGAAUUUACUCUUGAGAAACCUGAUGAAAAGAAAGCACAACUGGAUAUCACUCCAAAAACCUCUCUUACAGUAUCAGAGGUUAGUAGUGAAAUGAAACCAAAGGAGUUUAUACCAGGAGAGUCUCCACUUCAAAAGAAAGCUGAAAUGACUGUUGCUCCCGAAGAAUCUGUAGCUGUGUCUGAGGUAACUUCAGAAAUUAAACCAGAAGAGUUUGUAACGCCUCAAGCACCUAAGAAAGGUAUUGCUGAAGUAAGAUUUGCACCUAGAGAAUCAGUAACUGUUUCUGAAAUAAUAACCGAAACAAAACCAAAAGAAUUUGCUCCAGGACAGGCACCAUUUACACAGAAAGCAAAAACAGAAUUUACUUCAAAAGAAACUGUUUCAGUAUCUGAAAUUACAACUGAACAAGUCACGGAAGAAUUAGCACCAGAGAUAAAGCCCAUAGAAAAGUCACUUCAACCAGAACUUCUAGUAGAAGAGUCUAUGGCCGUGUCUGAAACAACGACGCAAAUGAAAGCAUCUGAAUUCGCCCCAGGUGAACUGCCUAAUCAAGUUACAGCAAAGAUUGAUUACUCACCAAGAGAAUCUCUAUCCGUGCAAGAAGUCCAACAUGAGGAAAAGUCAAAGGAACUUACUAUCGAAAAACCGGAAGAAAAAAAGGCUCAACUUGACAUCACUUCAAAGAGAUCUUUUAUAGUAUCUGAAGUUAGCAGUGAAAUGACACCAAAAGAGUUUAUUCCAGGUGAGUCCCCACAUGAGAAGAAAGCGGAAAUGACUGUAGCACCUGAAGAAUCUGUAGCUGUGUCUGAGGUGACUUCAGAAAUUAAACCAGAAGAGUUUGUAAUGCCUCAAGCACCUAAGAAAGGUAUUGCUGAAGUAAGUUUUGCACCUCGAGAAUCAGUAACUGUUUCUGAAAUAACAACAGAAACAAAGCCAAAAGAAUUUGCUCCAGGACAGGCACCAUUUACACAGAAAGCAAAAGCAGAAUUUACAUCAAAAGAAACUGUUUCAGUAUCUGAAAUUACAACUGAACAAGUCACGGAAGAAUUAGCACCAGAGAUAAAACCGAAAGAGCAAACACUUAUGCUACAGAUUUUAACACAAGAAUCAAUGGCUGUGUCUGAAACUACAACACAGAUGAAAGCAUCUGAAUUUGCCCCAGGUGAACUUCCUAAUCAAGUUACGGCAAAGGUUGAUUACUCACCAAGAGAAUCUCUGUCCGUGCAAGAAGUCCAACAUGAGGAAAAGUCAAAGGAACUUACUGUCGAAAAACCGGAAGAAAAAAAGGCUCAGCUUGACAUAACUUCAAGGAGAUCCUUUAUAGUAUCUGAAGUUAGCAGUGAAAUGACACCAAAAGAGUUUAUACCAGGAGAGUCUCCACUUCAAAAGAAAGCUGAAAUGACUGUUGCCCCCGAAGAAUCUGUAGCUGUGUCUGAGUCUGAAAUAACAACAGAAACAAAGCCAAAAGAAUUUGCUCCAGGACAGGCACCAUUUACACAGAAAGCAAAAACAGAAUUUACUUCAAAAGAAACCAUUUCAGUGUCUGAAAUUACAACCGAACAGUUAACAAAAGAGUUAGCACCAGAGAAAAAACCCAAAGAACAAUCACUUAAGCCAGAAAUUUUAACACAAGAAUCCAUGGCUGUGUCCGAAAUCACAACAGAAAUGAAAGCUUCUGAAUUUACAGCGGGAGAACUUCCUCGACAGGUUACAGCAAAGAUUGGCUACUCUCCGAAAGAAUCUCUCUCUGUAGAACAAGUUCAACAUGAGGAGAAGUCAAAGGAAUUAAUUGUUGAAAAACCUAAAGAGAAAAAAGCUCAAUUUGAUAUCACCCCAAAGACAUCUUUUUCUGUGUCUGAGGUUAGCAGUGAAAUGAAACCAAAGGAAUUUAUUCCAGGAGAAUCUCCUCACCAGAAGAAAGCUGAAAUUACCAUGGCCCCAGAAGAGUCAUUAGCCGUGUCUGAAGUGACAUCUGAAAUGAAACCAGAAGAAUUAGUGACGCCGCAAGCACCUAAGGAAGGCAUUGCUGAAGUCAGUUUUGCAUCUAGAGAAUCUGUAGCUGUUUCUGAAGUAACACCAGAAACGAAGCCAAAAGAAUUUGCUCCAGGGAAAACUCCCUUUGGAGUAACAGCUCAGAUGGAAAUUCUGACAAAAGAACACGUGGCAGUGUCUCAUGUUACCGUACAGUCAACCACUCAAGAAAUAGUUGAGACAGAACGACUUGACAUACGGCAGGCGGAUCUAACUUUGGCACCGCAGCAUACAGUCAGUGUGUCUCAAGUGCAACCACAGGAGAAACCUAGGGAGCUGAAAACUCACGAAUUACCUGACAGUCGCACCGUAAAAAUCACUCUUCUGUCUGAACAGGUAGCUCAAGUUUUCCAAGUUCAAGCUGAGGGUGGAGUAGAAACAUUGGAACUAGGUAAACUACCUUGGGCUCGUACCGCUGCUCCAGGAGUCACAGAAAUGCCCUCCGUUCAGGUUUCGGAAGUGACACCUGAGCACGGAUUGGGUGAGAUGACAGAGACUAAGCCAUUAGAAAUAAGACUGAAAGAAAUUCCUGUGGAAGAGCUUCCGAGGGCUUAUCAAGAAGAAGCGGCCGAAGUACUUGAAUGGCCCCGAGAGGACUCCGAGAAAAUUCUCAUAGGAGAAGAAGAAACGGCUGUAGCAAUGAAAGAAGAAGAUCUUCACACAAAAGCCAAACCAGUAGAAAAGCAGGCCAAGGUAAUUUUACCAGAAAGUCAAUCAAUUAUGGUUGAAGAGCUAUCGACUGGUGGCAUCCCAGCAAAUAUGAAACCUGAUGUCAAACCUGAUGAACACAGAGCAGAAACUGAAGUUAUUCUACAGCAGUCUGUUGUUGUGGCAGAAACAGAACUGAGCUACAGAGAAACUGAGCUUUCUAUAGACACCCCGAAGUUACAAGAGGCAAGCAAAAUAUUACCCCAGGAACAAGCUGUAUGGGUUGCAGAAGUAGAAGCUGCAAGCAAAGAGGAGGAUUUGAAAUCAGAUAUCUUACCAAAAUGGCAUCAAGCAGAUAUGACACUAUCACCUGAGGAAGCUCUCACGGUAUCUGAAGUAACAAGCAUAGACAAAUCUUCAGAGUUAGCAAUAGUUAAAGCACCAAAAACAGAUGAAGCAAAUGUGUCAGUUUCUGUUCAAGAAACAUUUGAAGUAACAGAAAUUCAGAUCCCUGAAAGUGAAACUAUUAUGCAGCCAGAUGAUAAACCACAUGGAAAGACAGCAAAACCGAUUUUAUCUCUUGAAAAGUACCUUGAAGUUUCUGAAGUCACUGCAGCUGCUUAUCAUGAAGAACUCAAACCAGAUCUAACACCAGCAAGUAAGACAGCCUUUGUAGAUUUUACUUUCCGAGAAAGCCUAUUGGUUUCACAAGUAACAUCAGGUUCUUCUGAAGAGUCAUUAAUUCCUAAGGAGACACCAAAAGAACACUUUGUUUCGACUGAUAUUUCACAGCAAGAGGCAUUGAAUGUUUAUCUCACAGAAACAGAAAUUAGGGAAGGAAUAUUCACUCCUGAGCAACUACCAAAAGAAAGUUCAGCAUUAGUUGGAAUCGAUGCUGAAGAGCAUGUCAUUAUAUCAGAAGUUACUGCUCCACAGAAAGAAGGUGUAUAUAUACCAACCACAAAGCCACAAAGUAUAACAGCUCCAUUCACAAUGCCAACACAAGAACACAUUCUCAUAUCUGAGAUUGAUGCAGCUAUAACCGAGAGUGAAUUUGUUGCACCAAUACUUCCAAAUGAGAAAAAAGCUGAUUUUACUGUCCCUGUGGAUGAGCAUGUUAUAAUUUUGUCAACACAAAUUGAGCAAAAAGAAGAAGAGUUACCAGCUGAAAUAAAACCAAAGAAAGGAAGUGCUAAUGUAUCUGUCCCAACUGAAGACCAUGUUGUCAUAUCAGAAGUAUCAGUAGAAGAUAAAGAAAGUAUUUUUGUUUCACAUAAACUACCUAAAGGUGCAACUGUAGGAGUUUCAAUACCCACAGAUGAACAUAUUUUGGUAUCAGAAAUAACAUCAGAUGUACAAGAAAGCGAGUUUGUUCCAGAAAAACUACCACCUGAAAUUCAACUCUCAUUUUCUGUACCAACAAAGGAACAUGUUUUCAUUGCAGAAGUAGAGUCUUCUGACAAAGAGUUUGAUCUCAAACCAUAUGAUAAACCAAAGGAGAGAAUAGCAGGCUUGUCAUUACCUGUAGAAGAACAUUUAACAGUAUCUUCUGUGGAAUAUGGAAUGAAAGAGGAUCAGUAUAAAGCCUCAAAACUACCUGAAGGAGUAGUAGCAGGGUUUUCAGUACCUACAGAAGAACAUGUUGUUGUUGCUGAAACUGGAUUAAAUGAAAUGGAAGAAAUAUUUGAAUCUGAAAAGGUACCAAAAGGGUUAACACCUAAGUUUAAUGUCCCUUCUCUUGAACAUGUGAUCAUAUCAUCAGUAGAGGUAUCUCAAGAAGAGAGUGAAUUAGCACCAGAUAAUAAACCAAAAUUAGCUUCAGUUACUCCUUCAUUAGGAACAACUGAACAUAUUAUUGUGUCAGAAGUUAAGCUCGAAACUAAAGAAGAAGAUUUCACUGCCAAAGCAUUACCUAAACAAAGGACAGCUGGAGUAAACCUACCUGUAGAGGAGCAUAUUGUUGUGGGACAGAUAGAAACAGAGGUAAAAGAAGGGGAAUUCAAGGAAGAAAAGAGACCCGAAGGAAUAAUGGUAGGGUUUAGCAUUCCUACAGAGGAACAUGUGUUGAUUUCAGAAGUAACCACUGAUCAUAAAGAAGGAAAGUUUAUUCCUGGUAAGCUACCACAGUCUGAAGUAAUUGAUUACACUUUACCUACUGAAAAACAUCUUUUUGUGUCAGAAACUCCAUACCAAUUGAAAGAGGGAGAAUUUAAACCCAAACGAGGACCGAUAUUAGUAGAAGCAAAUGUUUCUGUGCCUUUAGCAACAUCUUUAAUAGUAUCUCACGAGGAAGCUUCAUUGAAAGAAGGCGAACUUUCACCAUAUAAAAUGCCACCAGAAAUGACUGCAGGUAUUUCGUUGUCAUCUGUAGAACAUGUUCUUAUAUCUGAACCCUAUACAGAGGCUAAAGAGGGAGAAUUUAUUCCUGGUAAACUUCCAAAACUAUUCACUGCAGAUACAUCUGUACCUAGUGAAGACCACGUUGUUGUGUCAGAAAUACAAACAGAACAACGAGAAAGUGAACUUCCUGUUGAUAAAAAACCUGUUGAGGUCAUGGCCGGUAUUUCUGUGCCCACAGAGGAACAUGUGGUAGUGUCACAGAUUGAUACCAUAACUAAAGAGCAAACUUUCACUCCAGGAAAGCUACCUGUUGAGAUGAAAGCUGGUGUGACAAUCCCAUUAGAAGAACAUCUUUUGGUUUCUCAUACUGAGAGUAGUGUCAAAGAAGAAUACAUUGGACCUCAAAAAUUACCAACUGAACUUACAGCCCAAUAUUCUGUUCCAACAGAAGAACAUGUUAUUGUUUCUAAGGUAGAAACAGAAAAUAAAGAAGGAGAAUUUAUUCCUGGUCGAUUGCCUCCUGAAGUGACUGCCUCAUUUAGUGUUCCAGUAGAAGAACAUGUUGUGGUAUCACAGACAGAAACUGGAUCAAAGGAAACAGAACUAAUUCCAGAAAAACUGCCAAGGCUUGUUAGUGCGGAAAUGAGUAUACCAACUGAGGAGCAUGUUGUUGUGUCAGUAACUGAAUUGAAGACCAAAGAAGGUGAAUUUGUACCAGGAAAACUACCACUUUCAUUCACUGCUGGAUACUCAAUACCUGUAAAUGAGCAUGUAAUAGUAGCUCACACUGAAACCGAAUCAAAAGAAGACCAAUUUGUGCCAGAAAAGAAACCUGUUCAAAUAUCUUUAGAUUACACAAUACCUGUUGAACAUCAUGUUGUUGUGUCUGAAACAGAAACAGGGAGCAAAGAGGACUCAUUUGUGCCAGGUAGAUUACCUGCAGCAGUAAUUGCUGAAUUUUCUGUCCCUGUUGAGGAACAUGUUGUUGUGUCACAUACUGAAACAGAAAAUAAAGAGGAAGAACUCAUCCCUAGGAAAUUGCCACCAGAAGUAACUGCAGGACUAACUAUCCCAUGCGAAGAACAUAUUCUUAUCUUCCAAACAGAAACAGAAAGAAAAGAGGGAGAAUUUAAACCUGGUAAGUUACCACCUACAGUUGCUGUUGAUUAUAGUGUACCUGUAGAAGAACAUGUUGUUGUUUCCCAAACUGACACUGAAACCAAAGAAGGAGAAUUUAUCCCAGAAAAAAUACCCACUGAUGUGGUUGCUAGGUUUUCAGUACCUACUGAAGAACACGUGCUUAUCACUCAUACUGAGGCUGAAAUAAAAGAGGGAGAUUUUGUACCUGGUAAAUCACCUCUUGAAAUUACAGCUGGGUAUUCAGUUCCCACUGAACAGCAUGUUGUUGUAUCACAGACAGAGACAGAAACAAAGGAAGGAGAGUUUAUUCCAGAAAAACGUGCACCUGAAGUUACUGCAGGAUUCACUGUGUCUUUUGAAGAACACAUUGUUGUUCACCAAACUGAGACAGAAACAAAGGAAGGUGAGUUUGUAGCAGGGAAAUUACCACUAGAAGUUCGAGCAGGAUAUACUGUUCCAGUUGAAGAACACGUUGUAGUAUUACAGGCAGAAACAGCAUUGAAAGAGAGUGAAUUUGUCCCAGAAAAGCUCCCAAAAGAAGUAUCUGUUGAUUAUUCUGUGCCUUUGGCUGAACAUGUUGUGAUCAGUCAAACAGAAACAGAAACUAAGGAGGGAGAAUUUGUUCCUGGUAGGCUUCCACUUCAAGUUACUGCUGGUCUUACAGUGCCAGUAGAAGAACAUGUAGUAGUGUCAGAGACCAAGACUGAAAUAAAAGAGGGAGAUUUGCAGCCUAUAAAAAUACCCCCUGAAGUUACUGCAGCUGUUGGAGUUUCGUUUGAAGACCAUAUUGUUAUCUCUGAAACUGAAACUGAAAGUAAAGAAGGUAUCUUUGUUCCUGGAAAACUUCCACCAGAAGUCACUGCUGGUUUUAGCAUGCCUCUUGAAGAACAUUUGAUUGUUUUAGCAACUGAAUCUGAAGUAAGGGAGGACGACCUUGUUCCUCAGAAACUUCCUCCUGAAGUAUCUCCAAACUUUUCUGUUCCAGUCGCCGAGAGUGUUGUUGUUUCUGAAACAGAAACUGAAACAAAAGAAGACGUUUUUAUUCCUGGAAAACUACCUCAAACAGUAAUUGCCUCAUACUCUGUUCCACUUGAAGAACAUGUUGUUAUAUCUGAAACAAAAACUGAGACAAAAGAAAGUGAGUAUAAGCCAGAAAGACUUCCUCCACAUGCUACUGCUGGAUAUACAAUAUCUGUUGAAGAACAUGUAGUUGUAUCACAUACUGAAACUGAGACUCGAGAAGGAGAUUUUGUGCCAUCUAGACUUCCACCACAAGUUACUCCUGGCUAUAGUGUACCAGCACAGGAUUAUGUUGUCAUUUCUCAAACAGAAGCAGUAACUAAAGAGGGUGAAUUUAUUCCAGAAAAAGCUCCCCCAGAAUAUGUACCAAAUGUGUCUGUACCUGUGGAAGAGCACCUUGUAAUUUCUUUGACCGAAUCUGAAACAAAGGAGGGUAAAUUUAUUCCAGGUAAACUUCCCCCAGAAAUUACUGCAGAUGUGUCUGUACCCUCGGAACAACAUGUUAUUGUUUCUGAAAUAAAAUCCAUCACAAAAGAAGAUGAAUUAAUUACAGCAAAAAUGCCUGCAGAGGUUAAGCCAUCAGUUACAGUGCCUGUUGAAGAGCAUAUUUUGAUAUCUCAGACAGAAGCAGAAACUAAAGAAGGAGAGUUUGUACCUGGCAAACUACUGCCAGAAGUGAAUGCUAAGUUUACUGUUCCUGUUGAAGAACAUGUAAUAGUGUCUCAAACAGAUACUGAGAUGAAAGAAGGCGAAUACGUCCAUGAGAAACGUCCAACUGAACUAACAGCUGACAUAUCCGUUCCACUGGAAGAAUAUGUUGUUGUUUCACAAACUGAAACAGAAACAAAGGAAGGUGAAUUUCAUCCUAGUAAAUAUCCUACAGAGGCUAAUGCAGGAAUAUCUGUACCUGUUGAAGAGCAUCUUCUUGUGUUACAAACAGAAACUGAGUCUAAAGAAGGGGAGUUUGUUCCCCAGAAAUUGCCACCAAAGGCCAGUGCCUCAUUUAGUGUACCUGUAGAAGAGCAUGUCGUUAUUAGUCAGACUGAAGCUGAAAGUAAAGAAGGGAUAUACAUACCAGGUAGAUUACCACCGGAAGUAACUGCUGGUGUUAGUGUACCAGUCGAAGAACACGUGGUUGUGUAUGAAACAAAGGCAGAGACAAAGGAAGAUGAGUUAAUUCCUGAAACGAUUCCCCAGAAGGUAUCUCCUGGUUAUUCUGUACCAGUUGUUGAACAUAUUGUUAUAUCGCAGACAGAACCAGAAGCCAAGGAAGGGGAAUUUGUUCCUGGAAGACUUCCUACUGGAAUUCAAAUAGGAUUCACUUUCCCUGUAGAGCAGCAUGUAGUAGUUUCUCAAACUGAAACUGAAACAAAAGAAGGGGAGUUUCGUCCGAAGAAACUACCUAUGGAAGUAACAGCUGAUUUUAACGUUCCAGUGGAAGAGCAUUUAAUAAUCUAUGAAACAGAAACAGGAAAUAAAGAAGAAACACUUAUUCCAGGAAAAGAGCCCUUGAGUUUUAGUGCUGACUUUACCGUUCCCACAGAAGAGCACCUUGUUAUUUCAGAAAUUGAAACAACCAUUAAAGAAAAUGAUAUGAAACCCCAGGAUAAACCUUUGGAAGAAACUGCAGGUUAUAGUGUGCCUACUGUUAGACAUGUUACUGUUUCUCAAGUAGAAAGUGAAACCAGAGAAGAAGAAUUUGCAUUAGGUAAAUUACCAGCAGAAAUAAAUAUUGGAUUUUCUAUACCAACUGAACAACAUGUUAUUGUAUCUGAAACAUUAAGCCAGCAGAAAGAAGGAGAGUUUGUUCCAGGUAAAAAGCUUCCAGAAUUGUGUGCUGAUUUUACAAUCCCAACUGAGCAACAUCUUGUUGUUUCAGCAGUUGAGUCUCAAAGUAAGGAGGGGAAACUAAGUAUCAAAACUCUACCUUCUCAGGUGACAGCUGGUUUUGAUGUUCUUGUGGAAGAACAUGUUGUUGUUUCAGAAACACAAACAGAGGUGAAGGAAACUUUCUUUGAUACUGAACAAAAGCCAAAAGAACGAUCAAUUGCUUUCAGUGUACCUGUUGAAGAGCAUAUUGUUUUAUCAUCUGUUGAAGCAGGAAUAAAAGAAGGUGAAUUCAUUCCAGAAAAAUUACCAGAAGAAAUAACAGCUGGUUUUACAGUUCCCACUGAGGAACAUGUUCUUGUGUCAGAAGUUGAAAUAGAUACAAAAGAAGGAACAUUUACACCUAAAUUGUUACCAGAUGAGAAAACAGCAUCGUUCACUGUGCCAACAGCAGAACACGUACUUGUAUCACUAGUUGAAGUUGAUACAAAAGAAGGCACUUUUGUAGCAGGAGAGUUACCCAAUGAAAGAAAAGUAGAUUUUUCAGUUCCUACUGAAGAAUAUGUUCUUGUAUCAGAAAUUGAAGUUGAUACAAAGGAGGGUAUCUUUGCACCAGGACAAUUACCAGAUGAGAAAACAGCAGACUUUUCUGUUCCUACCGAAGACCAUGUAGUUGUUUCACAAGUUCAAUCAGAUUUGAAGGAAGAAGAUCUUAAAACUGAAAGAAAACCCUUACAAGUUACUGCUGAUUUCUCACUUUCGUCAGAACAACAUGUUAUUAUUCAACAGGUAGAAACAGAUACCAAAGAAGGGGAAUUUGCUCCAAGAACUUUACCUCAAACAGUUACUGCUCCAUUCAGUGUCCCUGUUGAAGAGCACCUCGUAGUUUCAGAAAUUUCUGGUGAAUUAAAAGAAGGAGAAUUUGCUCCAGAAGCUAAGCCAUCUGGAGUAACAGCAAAGUAUCUUAUUCCAGGGAAAGAUCAUGUUUUAAUAUCGGAAGUUGAAGCAAAUAUCAAAGAAGAAAUAUUUUUACCAGGGGCUCUUCCUGGAGAAAAAACAGCUAGGUUUUCUUUCGAUACUGAAGAACAUGUAACUAUAUCGCAAGUAGAUUAUGAAUACAAGGAAGGAGAGUUUGCACCAGACAAGUUGCCAGGUGUUAUGCAAGCUCCAUUUACAUUGCCAAUUGAGGAGCAUGUUAUUGUGUCUGAAAUAGAUGUACAGCAACAGGAAAGACAACUUGAAACAGAAAAACCCAAAGAGAGAUCUGCUGGAUUCAGUAUACCAACAGAAGAUCACGUAGUUAUAUCUGAGGUGGAAACUGAUGUUAAAGAAGGCGAAUUUGUAUCAGGACGUCUACCAAUGGAGGUAACAGCUGGUUUUUCAGUGCCAACUGAAGCACAUAUUGUUAUUUCAGAAGUAGAAACUGAUAUAAAAGAAGGAGAUUUUGGUCCUAGACGAUUACCUGACGAGCAACAUGCUCCUUAUACUAUACCAACAGAAGAACAUGUUAUAGUUUUUGAAACGAAGUCAGAAAUUAAAGAGGGUGAAUUUGUUUAUGAGAAAAAAGUUACAGAAUUUAAAGCUUCAUUAGAUGUUUUAGCCACAGAACCUGUUCAAGUAUUAGAGGUUACAAGUGAGUUUGAGUCAGCAAAACUGCCAGAGGCUGUUAAACCAAAAGAAGGUAAAGCAACUACUGUGUUAACUAUUGAAGAACCCCUUUCCGUGGAGGAAGUAACCUCAGAAAAUAAAGUAGAAGAUUUCACAAGCAAAAAACCAUUUGAAAGCAAAGCACAUAAAAUUUUGCCUAAGCAAACAUCAUUAGAAGUAACAGCUGUUGAACCUGAAGUUAAGACUGAAGAACUGCAGUUCAAAAUGCCAGAAGUUACCAAAGCAGAUAUGACAAUUACAGAAAAAGAACCUAUUACUGUUUCAGAAGUUAGCGCUGAUUUCAAAGUCAAGAAAUUAGAGGACGUUACUAAACCUACGGAAGAACAUGUGGGCUUUGCUUGGGAUGAAGAAUAUUCAGUUGUAAUAUCAGGAAUUCAAGAAGACAGUGUAGCUAAGGAGUUUACUGUAGAAAGUUGGCCAACAAAUUUAGCUCAUGUGACCAUUAUUGAAGAGUUUCCAAGUUCAGUUAUUGAAAAACCAAUAGAAGUUUUACUGGAAGAGCAAACACCAGAAGAUGAAGGUGUAAGCCUUUUAGAUACUGAGAUAAGUCAAAAGGAUACUGAGGCAUCAACAAGUAUCAUUAUUAAACAGAAGACAGUUAGGUCUCAUACAGAAGAAGUCAGUGGUGGUUCCAAAAUUAUACAAUACACUGAAAUCCACGAAUCUUUCAGUACUGGUGGUUUUUCUGAAGACAAACCUUCUCGUCCUAUUAUCCAAGAAAUCACCGAUGAAGAAAUAGUCCCCGAGGAAGUUGUUAAGAAACCAAUAAUAGAAGAAUAUGAAGAGGUACCAAAAAAGCCACAGGAAGAAACACCCACUAGUCUAGAGGUUGAAGAAAUCACAGAGGAACCAGUAAAGGAGGAAGAGCAUGCGGAAAUUAAAGUCAGUUUAAAACCAAAAAAGAAAUUUAAAAAAGAAGAACCUACAGAAUUUGUAGAAAAAUUACAACCUGAAGAAGACAUAAAUAUAUCUAUAAAGAAACACAAAAAACCAGAAGAGAAACCCGAGGAAGUUGAGAAAGUGAUUUUGAUUUUAGAUAAGACAGAAAAACAAAAGGAUAAAGAAGUCAUUUCAGCGGAAGAAAUAACCCUCAAGCUAGAUGAAGAAAAACUCCCAAAAGAAAAAACUGAAGAAAAACCACUUGAAAAAGAAGAGGUUAAAGUGACUUUGAAGCCGAAGAAAAAACCAAAGGACGAGAAACCAAAGAAAGAACUUCCAGAAGAAAUUCAGCUGCAAGAAGAGACAGAAAUAACAGUUAAGCCGCUUAAAAAACCUAAACCAGAUGAGAUACUUGAGGAUAUUGAACAAAUUUCUAUUGUUUUGGAGAAACCAGAAAAACCAAAAGAUGAAGUUUCACAAGUAGAAGUAUCUUUCAAAAUACCUGAGAAAGAAGUUUCAAAAAAGCCUGAAAAAGUAGAAGAAAAGCCAGUUGAAAAGGAAGAAGAGGUUCAAUUAACUUUGAAACCUAAGAAAAAACCGAAAGGAGAGAAAGAACUAAAAUUGCUUCCGCAAGACAUUCAGCAAGAUGAAGAAACCGAAAUAAGUGUAAAAUCGCUUAAAAAGCCUAAGCCAAAAAAGAAACCCGAGGAAGCUCAAGAAGUUGAUGUUGUUUUAGAGAAACCAGAAAAAAUAAAAGAUGUGGAAGAUGUCUCACAAAUAGAUGUCAUUUUUAAAGUGCCUGAGAAAGACAUUCCGAAAGAAAAACCUGAAGAAAAAUCAGUUGAAAAAGAAGAAGAAAUUAAAGUCAUUUUAAAGCCCAAGAAAAAGCUAGAGGAUGAAAAAGAAAAGAAGGAACUUCCGCAAGAAAUUCACGCAGAAGAAGAAACAGAAUUUACCUUAAAGACAUUAAAAAAAGAGAAACCUGAAGCAAUUGAGAAGCUUGAUAUUGCUCUGUCAAAGACAGAAAAACCAGAAGAUGAGAAAGACACCUCACAGACAGAAGUAACUCUUAAAUAUCCUGAAAAAGAAAUUCCAAAAGAAAAGCCUGAAGACAUUAAAGAAGUAACAACUGUUGAAGACGUUGAACAAGAUUUUAAAGUAACCAUAAAGCCCAAAAAGAAACCAAGAGAAGAGAAAGAGGAGUUGGAGAAAACUGAGGUUUCUUUAACUUUUCCUGAAAAGUUGGAAGAAAAAGCACCAGAAGAAAUUUCAGUUAGCAAAGACACAGCUAUUACCUUAAAGAAACCUGAGAAACCAGAAAAAGCUGAGGAAAUAGAGCCUGUUGAAUUAAUAAUUACAGAAGAAAUACCUAAACAAUUCGUAGAAGACGAUGUUACACGACCUAAAGAAGCAGAAAAAGAACCUGUAAAAAUAGAAAAACAAGAAGAGAAGAAACCAAAAAAGAAAAAAAUUCCAAAACUUAAGGAAGAGGCCCCAGAAGAAGUUGUUGAAACAAAAAUAAAGUUACCUAAAAAGAAAGAACCUGAGGAAGUGGAGGAGGUUACAAAGAUCAUAUUACCGGAAAAAACAGAAGAAAAAGCUGAUAAAAUAGAACCUGUUGAAUUAACAAUUGCAGAAGAUAAACCUAAACAAUUCAUUGAGGACGAUGUUACAAGGCCUAAAGAAGCAGAAAAAGAACCUGAAAAAGUAGAACAACAAGAAGAAAAGAAACCAAAAAAGAAAAAAGUUCCAAAAGUUAAAGAAGAGGCACCAGAAGAAGUUGUUGAAACAAAAAUAAAGUUGCGAAAAAAGAAAGAACCUGAGGAAGCUACAAAGAUCAUUUUACCGGAAAAACCAAAAGAAAAGGAGGAUGAAAAAGUUGAGGACGUUGUCAUGUUAAAAAUCCCAGAAAAAGAAAAAGAUGAGAAAUCAGAGGUAGCUCAGUUGGUUUUACCACAAAAAAAAGAGGAAAAACCUAAAGAAAUUGUUGAAGUGGCUACAAUAACAGUUCCAAAGAAAGAGGAAGCUAAGCCAUCAGAAGAAUCGUUUGAAAUUUCUUUGGAAAAACCUAAACCUGAAGAGACAACUGUAGAUGAAACUUUUGUAAUCAAAGCCCCAGAUGAGAAAACAGAGUCAUUGGUUACAUCUCCUGUAGAAGAAACAUUUAAAGUUACUCUAAAAGAAAAGCCUACUUCAGAAGAAAUAAUAGAAAUUGAAUUGCCGAAGAAAGAAGAAAAAUAUGUUGAAGAAGCAGCUGAAGUCACAGUUAAGAAAUUAAUAGAUGUCGAAGCUCCCGAAGAGAAACCAGUAGAUAAACCAGAAGAAAUCACAGAGACUAAAGUGAUCAAAAAGAAAAAGAAAACAAAAAAAGCUAUUGAAUUGUCUGAAGAAAUUAAGAUACCUAAAAAGACAGAAGAGGAAAAGCCAGAGAUAGAAGAAUCAUUCAAAAUCCCACUAAAACUUAAGAAACCCGAGGAAGACCAAAUAACUGAAGCUUUUGAAGUUGAAUUGUUAAAGGAACAUGAAAAACCGGAAGACACCAGUGUGGUCCAAGAAACAUUUAAAGUUUUAUUACAAGAAAGACCAAAACCAAUUGCACCUGUCACUGAGGAAUCAAUUGAAACAAUACUUCUAGAAGAAAAGAAGCUUCCGGAAACAAAGGAAAAAGUGGAAGAGGUAGUUAUUGAGGUAAAGGAAGAAAAGCCAGAAGAAGAAAUUGAAGAGGUGAUAAGACUGAAAAAGAAGCCUGUCAAGGAUAAACAAGAAGUCUCAGAAGAGUUAAAAGUUCAUACAGGCGAACAGGAGGAACCUGAGUAUAAAAUAACAGAGGAAUCUGCCGAAUUUGCAGUUAAGAAACCUAAAAAGAAACCCAAACCUGAAAAAGUGGUAGAAGAAACUGCUGAAAUCAAACUUCCUGAAGAAGAAGCUCCCACAGUUCCAGCUGAGGAAACGAUUGACGUUAUUCUCCCGACUAAACCCACUCCAGAAAAAUCAGUUACAGAGGAAACUGUUGAAGAUGUGAUAAAAUUACCAGAAGAGAAAAAAGAAGAAUAUAAAGUCACUAAAGAGGAAGCUGAAGUAACGGUGAAAAAAGUCGUUGAAAUUGAAGGCCCUGAAGAAAUUGAAGAAAAACCAAAAGAGGACGAACCCGAAGAAGUAGUAAAGAUUAAGCGAAAGAAAGAUGUUAAAAAGGAAGUUAAUGAGGAAGCUAAGAUCGUGCUAAAAAAGAGGAGGAGAAGUACCGUAACAGAGGAAUCUGCUGAAUUUGCAGUUAAGAAACCUAAAAAGAAACCUAAAUCAAAACCUGAAAAAGUGAUAGAAGAAACUGCUGAAAUCAAACUUCCUGAAGAAGAAGCUCCCACAGUUCCAGCUGAGGAAAAGAUUGACGUUACUCUCCCGACUAAACCCACUCCAGAAAACCAGUUACAGAGGAAACUAGAAGAUGUGAUAAAAUUACCAGAAGAGAAAGAAGAAGAAUAUAAACUCACUGAAGAGGAAGCUGAAGUAACGGUGAAAAAAGUGGUCGAAAUUGAAGGCCCUGAAGAAAUUGAAGAAAAACCCAAAGAGGAAGAAACCGAAGAAAUAGUAAAGAUUAAGAGAAAGAAAGAUGUUAAAAAGGAGGUUAUUGAGGAAGCUAAGGUCGUGCUAAAAAAAGAGGAAGAGAAGAAGUACGACGUAACAGAGGAAUCUGCUGAAUUUGCAGUUAAGAAACCUAAAAAGAAACCUAAACCAAAACCUGAAAAAGUGGUAGAAGAAACUGCUGAAAUUAAACUUCCCGAAGAAGAAACUCCUACUGUUACGUCGCCAGUUGAGGAAAAGUUUGACGUUACUCUUCCUUCUAAGCCCACUCCAGAGAAAACAGUUGUAGAGGAAACUACUGAAGAUGUAAUAAAGUUACCAGAAGAGAAAGAAGAAGAAUAUAAAGUCACUAAAGAGGAAGCAGAAGUAACCGUAAAAAAAGUGGUUGAAAUUGAAGGCCCUGAAGAAAUUGAAGAAAAACCAAAAGAGGGCGAAACCGAAGAAGUAGUGAAAAUUAAGCGAAAGAAAGAUGUUAAAAAGGAAGUUACUGAAGAAGCUAAAGUUGUGCUAAAGAAAAAGGAAGAGAAGAAGUACGAGGUGACAGACGAAGUUGCUGAAUUUGCAGUUAAGAAACCUAAAAAGAAACCUAAACCAAAACCUGAAAAAGUGGUAGAAGAAACUGCUGAAAUCAAACUUCCUGAAGAAGAAGCUCCCACAGUUUCAACUGAGGAAAAGAUUGACGUUACUCUCCCGACUAAAUUCACUCCAGAAAAACCAGUUACAGAGGAAACUGUUGAAGAUGUGAUAAAAUUACCAGAAGAGAAAGAAGGAGAAUACAAAGUCACUGAAGAGGAAGCUGAAGUAACGGUGAAAAAAGUGGUCGAAAUUGAAGGCCCUGAAGAAAUUGAAGAAAAACCAAAAGAGGACGAACCCGAAGAAGUAGUAAAGAUUAAGCGAAAGAAAGAUGUUAAAAAGGAGGUUAUUGAGGAAGCUAAGGUCGUGCUAAAAAAAGAGGAAGAGAAGAAGUACGACGUAACAGAGGAAUCUGCUGAAUUUGCAGUUAAGAAACCUAAAAAGAAACCUAAACCAAAAGAAGCUGUAGAAGAAACUGCUGAAAUUAAACUUCCCGAAGAAGAAACUCCCACUGUUACGUCGCCAGUUGAGGAAAAGUUUGACGUUACUCUUCCUUCUAAGCCCACUCCAGAGAAACCGGUUGUAGAGGAAACUACCGAAGAUGUAAUAAAGUUACCAGAAGAGAAAGAAGAAGAAUAUAAACUCACUGAGGAAGAAGCAGAAGUAACAGUGAAAAAAGUGGUUGAGGUUGAAGGCCCUGAAGAAAUUGAAGAAAAACCCAAAGAGGAAGAAACUGAAGAAAUAGUGAAGAUUAAACGAAAGAAGGAUAUUAAAAAGGAAGUUACUGAGGAAGCUAAGGUCGUGUUGAAGAAAAAGGAAGAAAAGAAGUAUGAGGUUACGGAGGAAUCUGCUGAAUUUGCCGUUAAGAAACCCAAGAAGAAAAGAAAACCAGAAACAGAAAAGGUGGUAGAAGAAACAGCUCAAAUUAAACUUCCUGAAGAAGAAACUCCCACUGUUACAUCGCCAGUUGAGGGAAAAUUUGACGUUACUCUUCCUUCGAAGCCCACUCCAGAGAAACCAGUUGUAGAGGAAACUGCUGAAGAUGUGAUAAAAUUACCAGAAGAGAAAAAAGAAGAAUAUAAAGUCACUGAGGAAGAAGCUGAAGUAACGGUGAAAAAAGUGGUUGAGGUUGAAGGCCCUGAAGAAAUUGAAGAGAAACCAGAAGAUGAAAAAACUGAAGAAGUAGUAAGUAUUAGGCGAAAGAAAGGUACUGAACAGGAAAUAGUUGAAGACGCGAAGAUUGUGCUAAAGAAAAAAGAAGAACGAAAGCAUGAAAUCACAGAAGAAUCGGCUGAAUUUGCUGUCAAAGCUCCUAAAAAGAAACCUACAACCAAAGAUGUUCCGUCAGUCACUGAAGAGUCUUUCACAUUAAAGGUAAAACCAGAAGAAGAGAAACCUUUGUUAGAAGAUGUUGAAGAAGCAUUCGAAGUUAAAACACCCAAGCGUAAGAAGAAGAAACCCAAGAUAGCUGAAGAUGAAGAAGAAUCUCUUAGCUUUGAAAUUCCAAGCAAAGAACCCGAAAAGAAGACUGAAGAAGUGGAAGAAAAAGUGAAAAUCAUAAUUCCACGGGAAGAAGUCCCAGAAGAACCAGAAGUUCGAGAAGAGAUAACGAUAUUCUACAAUGAAGAAAACGUAACAACGCUAGUGAUUAGGGAGGUGUUUCCAGAAGACGCGGGUACGUUCACAGUCGUUGCUAAGAACCCAGCUGGAUUCUCAUCCUGUUCUGCAGAACUACUCGUUGUCGCUCCGCUCUCGGAUCACGGAACGGAAACGGCUCCAACUUCCCGUCGUAGUCUCUCUCGCGAAUCAUCGCUAACAGACCUUAUAGAGGGCGUUUUACCAGUGUUUUCACAACCGCCAGAAGAAAAAACAGUGGAAGAGAGUGACACUGUCGACCUUACAUGUAGCGUUACUGGAGUACCAGAACCUACGGUUACAUGGUAUCAUAAAGAGACCGUAGUUGAAGAAACUGAACGCACAAUCAUCAAAAUUAUAUCAGAUGUUGAUAUGGUACACGUGAAAGUCACCAUUAAAAACGUUACAAAGGAAGAUUCUGGAACCUACAAAGUAAUAGCGGAGAACACUGAAGGAAAGACAAUUACCACUACAGCUCUGAACGUUAAAGAAAAGCCUCAGCCACCGAAAAUAAAAAAGAAACCAAAAUCCAAGAAGGUAAAGCCAUCAGAAAAGGUGGAAUUCCACGCAACAGUAACUGGAAAACCAAAGCCGACUGUCAAAUGGUACAUCAACGAGACAGAGGUCAAGCCUGAUGAUAGACGCCAGAUAACUGUUGAAAACAACAGUUAUACCUUAACAAUAGACCCUGUGGAACCCUCUGACGCAGGUCCAGUAAUAGUUAAAGCUACAAACCCUGCUGGAGACGAUACAGCAACUACAGAACUCACAGUUGAAGAACCUCCUAAAGAUGAACCUCCUACAUUCACACAGACUUUCAGUGAUGUGAUUGUUACUGAAAAAGACACUGUCAAAUUGACAGCCAAGGUAACAGGAAAACCACCACCGGAAGUGACGUGGUACAAGAAUGGAAAGAAACUGAAACCUACCAAGCACAUCAAACAAACGUACGAGAAUGACGUCUGUACUUUGGAGAUUCCUGAGAGUUCUCCCCAGAAGGACACUGGUGAAUAUAAAUGUGUCGCGACCAAUCCAGUGGGUGAAACUGAGCACGUAGCAAAGGUCAUUGUUCAGAAAGCCGACGUUGAAUUUUUGGAGCCAAUACAGGAUGUUGAGGUUAAAGAAAGGGAUGUGGCGUUAUUUGUUACAAAAGUAUCCCAGGAAGACGCAGAAGUCACGUGGCACAAAGAUGGCGAACAGGUCAUCGAAGGAGAUAAAUACACAUUCAUAAAGGAAGACAAGUUCAGAAAACUGGUGAUUAAUGAUGCCCAGGUGAAAGAUGAGGGAGAAUAUACUUGUUUACUGGGAGACAAGGAAUGCACAGCGGAUCUUGUUGUUGUCGAACUUCCUCCAGAGAUUAAGACAGAGAUGGUCGAUGUAACAGUGACCAAAAACGAAGCUGCUAUUUUCCAGGUGGAGUUGACUAAAGGUGAUGCUUUAGUCAAGUGGUACAAGGAUGGGAAAGAAAUCCAGUUUAGUGAGCACGUGCAACUGAAGAUUGAUGGCAAGAAACAAAAGUUGCUGAUCUACAACACCACAUUCGAGGAUGCUGGCACUUACACCUGUGUUGUGGGUAACAAGAAAUGUUCAGCAACGUUGAAUGUGGAAGCUCCCUAUGUGGAAUUCACUGCUAAACUGCCAGAAAAGACUUCUGUUCCUCAGGACACCGACGCUACUUUCACGGUGCAGCUGUCUCAACCUGAUGCUGACGUUCAGUGGCUGAAGAACGGAAAACCGGUCCAAGCGGAUGCAAAGUUCCAGCUUAUUAAGGAUCAGAACGUUCGGAAACUAGUUGUGAGGGGUGUUUCAAAGGAUGAUUCCGCUGAGUAUACCUGUGUAGCUGGCAACGUCAAGACAUCCACGAAAUUACACGUGGAAGAAGUCUCAGCUGAAUUUACUUUGAAACUGCGUGACAUCAUCGUACGUGAAAGCGACACCGCAACUCUAUUGGUGGAAGUGACGAAGGAGACUUUAGAAGUUCGAUGGUUUAAGGAUGGGGAAGAAGUAACGCCGUCGGAGCGUAUCGUGAUCGAAACCGAGGACAAAACAAGGAAGCUGAUCAUUAGAGAAACAUCAGUGGAAGAUAGGGGCGUGUAUACCUGCACACUACUGGACCAAGAGUGUUCGUCCACUGUGACCGUAGAAGCGCCACCUCGUGUAACGACGGACCAGCGAAAGUUUAGUGUCAAAAGAGGAGGUUCUCUUACUUUAGAGAUUCCGUAUAGCGGGCUGCCACUUCCCAAAAUAGAGUGGCAUUUCAAUGGAAAGCCGCUUAAACCAACAAAGAAAGUUACAGUGGAUACCAUGAAGACCAAAACGACAGUCUCCAUAAAGAAAAUGGAUGAUCCAGAGGUCGGGACGUACACCAUGAAGAUGAAAAAUAAAGUUGGAGAAUGUACGACAGACUUCAUCGUUUCUAUUAUAGAUAAGCCUAAGCCACCUGGUACACCUGAAGCUUCAGAGAUUACCAACGAAUCACUAAUACUCAGUUGGAAGGCGCCUGAGAGCGAUGGUGGCGCCCCCAUCACUAACUAUAUUAUUGAGUAUCACGACAGAGACACCUUACGAUGGUCAACAUACAACGAGGAUUUGACAAUACCAGAAAGGCAUCAUAAAGUGACUAACUUGAAGGAAGGUAUGGACUAUAUGUUCCGCGUGAUCGCCGUGAAUGACGCAGGAAAAAGUGAUCCAUCUCCAGGGACCAAAUACAUCACUGUUAAUGAAGCGAAAGCCGGAGAACCUCCUGUGGUAGUUGAGCAUCUUCAAGAUCUUGCUGUGGGACUCAAAGCAAAGGCCGUUUUACAAGCAAGGAUCACAGGACAACCUCCGCCUACAGUCAAAUGGCUUAAAAAUGGAAAGGAUCUCCUGGUGCUAAGGAACAUCACUACAACUUAUGAAAACCAAGUAGCAUCAUUAACCAUUGGUGAAACAACUCAGAAAUCCGCCGCAAAAUACACGUGCAAGGCAACCAAUUCCAUGGGAACGACGGAGACAUCGUGCACAUUAAAGAUUCAAGAGCCCCCGUCUGCUACGUUUGAUGAGAACCUGAAGAAGGUUCGUCUACGCACAUCUUCAGAGUACGUUUUGAACGUGACGACCCAUGGAUACCCAGUUCCAGAAGUCGUAUGGGAGCAAAAUGGGAAACCGCUAGAAUCCACUAAGCAUACACUCGUCCAAACAAGAGAUAAUACUACGUCGAUAAUCAUUAGGAGUGUGGAAAAUAGUGACACAGCGAUUUACACACUCAAACUUUCCAAUGACGCUGGAACCCAGUCGUACGAUUUUAGGCUCAGAGUGUUAGAUAAACCUGGACCUCCGCAAGGCCCAAUCACAUUCCCCAAAACUGACAAAGAUCAAAUUACCGUGACUUGGAAACACCCCUCUGAUGAUGGUGGCUCUGAUAUUACGAACUAUUUCAUUGAACGAUGCGAUGCUAGAAGAAAAGUAUGGUUGGAGGUGACAAGUGUUCCACCUGACACCACGUCCUACACAGUCACGGACUUAGAGGAAGGUAGCGAAUAUAUGUUCCGAGUAUCAGCAUCUAACGAGUACGGACGUGGAGGACCGUUACAAUCCGAACCAGUCACAGCGAAGAGUCCAUUUGACAAACCAUCAGCUCCUAAGGGACCGCUCCAGACUUCCAAUAUGACCAACACCUCCUUCACACUCUCGUGGCAGGCUCCAGAGAGUGAUGGCGGUUCCCCAAUUAUAGAAUACGUUGUGGAAAAACGAGAAUUUGGCCGGAAGGCUUGGCAGAAAGUUGGCACUACGGAUGGUAGAUCUAUGACCAUGGAAAUCACGAACUUGAAAAGAGAAACUGCCUACAACUUUCGUAUCGUCUGUCGUAAUGAAGUGGGCACCAGUCCACCAUUGGCACCAGAAGAACCUAUUACUCCUGGGGCCCAAAUAGUUCCACCCUCAGCGCCCUCUGGACCCCUAUCUAUUAUUAGCAUGACCAACAAGACGCUAACGUUGUCAUGGAAACCACCAGUUUCCAAAGGAGGGGCAGAGCUGUUGUCGUACAUCAUUGAAAAAAGAGAAACCCACGUGGAAAAAUGGGUUAGGGUAGAGACCUUAGAACCAACCACGACGUGCCACACAGUCCAGAAUUUGUCGGACAAAUGCGAGUACUUCUUCAGGGUGUUAGCUGAAAACUCAGCAGGUCUUAGCCCACCGUUGGAAAUGGAAGAACCCGUGCGUCUCGCAACGACAGCAGAACGACCUACACCACCAACUGCACCUCUGGAGAUGAGAGCUACUGGUCCCAGUUCAAUUAUGAUCGAAUGGGGCAAACCGGAAUCCGAUGGUGGUGCCCCCUUGUUAGGGUAUAACAUUGUCAUUCGAGAUAUCAAGAGAAAAAUGUGGAUGGAGGUGGGCCAGGUAGAUGCAGAAACACAAAGGCUUCAAAUUCGGGACCUUCAGGAAGGCCACGAGUAUUUGGUGCGGAUUAUGGCGCGUAAUGAAAUAGGAAUGAGUGACGCAUUAGAAUCCGAAGAACCUAUUAAAGUUGUCUGCCCUCCUGGCUUCCUGGAGGUUCCUCCAUUGGAAAUGGAAGAACACACUGCUUCGUUAAGCUUUAGCACAGAAACCUCAUCGUCAUGGAUACGAGAAGCCAAUGUGGAACCGUUGUUGCGCAGUUACACGAAACACGAUUUGAUAGGACGAAAUGAGUACUUCUUUAGAAUUUGGCACUACGCGAAGAGUUUAUUUAAGUGAAAUUAACGUAAGCAUCUAAUAUAAGAGAGAGAGAGAUUGUUUAUGUUUGCGGUAGAAGAAGUUACUGAACCUAAAAUGUGAUAUAAUAUUGAAAUUCAUGAUCAAUUUUAUCAACGUGUAAAUUAUUUACAGUAAACUUUUAUAGGGAAAAAAAAACAGUUAGCACACGAAGAGCUAACUUUAAAAUUUAUCAUGAAUUUUAAUUGCACUUGAAAAAUCUUAAUCAAGUGAUUCUGUAUCUCCUGGAUUGUAUAAUACUUGUAAAGGAACCUUUAUGUAAGUAUGAAAAACAGGGAAGGAGGUCGGACCAGUUCUGACCACUCCCAAAUGUUGAAUGACAUAUUCUCAUUAUUUUGACUCAUGGACUUGGACAGACCCUCAUUUCUUUUAUUUUAUUGUGUGUCGCUUGGUAGGCUUUGUGGUUAUUUGUUGUGUUUUUGGCUACCCUCAGGCACAAGCGAAUAUAGAAACGAAUUUCGUCCGUGCUAAUCGGCCUUUAUAUGCCUUUGUGUAGCCAAAAGCUCUCCAGAAGAUUUUUAUUUUGAUGUGAAUUUUUGCCGUUUUCUUGUUUUAUUACUUGUUUAACAAAUUAACUUUUUGCUCAGCUGUAGAGCAAGAUGUAACUGACAGAUUUGUACCAUGUUGUGUAAACUCGUAUAAUUCAAAUAAAGUUUAGAUUAACAGUAAAA